GCGAAGUCCCCGCCGGGCUUUCCUCCCGCCGUUGGCGCCGGUUUCCCAGAAGGCCGCGCGGCGGCGGCGGCCGUUGCUAAGCAGCGGGAAGCGGGCUCGGGGGGCCUAGUCGGGAGGAUGAAGCAGAGGAAGGCCAAGGCGGCUGGCUCGGCCCGGCCGGGGUCCGGCCGCAAGAAGAAAGGUGAGGGGGGGUCGGGGGGGGCGGGGACCCCGUAAAAGGAACGGGGCGCGGCGGGGUGCCAUUAGCCGCCCACCCCGGAUUGGUGGGUGAGGUGGGCAGGGAAGCAAACGACAACCCCUCCCCCCGGGCUCACCACAUACCUUAAAUUUAUUAUUAUUAUUAUUAUUAUUACGACAACCGCUCCCCCCGGGCUCACCACAUACCUUCAAUUUAUUAUUAUUAUUAUUAUUAUUAUUAUUACGACAACCCCUCCCCCCGGGCUCACCACAUACCUUAAAUUAUUAUUAUUAUUAUUAUUAUUAUUAAAACGACAACCGCCCCCCCCCGGCUCACCACAUACCUUAAAUUUAUUAUUAUUAUUAUUAUUAUUAUUAUUAUUAAAAUGACAACCGCUCCCCCCGGGCUCACCACAUACCUUAAAUUUAUUAUUAUUAUUAUUAUUAUUAUUAUAACGACAACCGCUCCCCCCGGGCUCACCACAUACCUUAAAUUUAUUAUUAUUAUUAUUAUUAUUAUUAUGACAACCGCUCCCCCCAUGCUCACCACAUACCUUAAAUUUAUUAUUAUUAUUAUUAUUAUUAUUAUUACGACAACCGCUCCCCCCGGGCUCACCACAUACCUUAAAUUUAUUAUUAUUAUUAUUAUUAUUAUUAUUAAAAUGACAACCGCUCCCCCCGGGCUCACCACAUACCUUCAAUUUAUUAUUAUUAUUAUUAUUAUUAUUACGACAACCGCUCCCCCCGGGCUCACCACAUACCUUAAAUUUAUUAUUAUUAUUAUUAUUAUUAUUAUUAAAACGACAACCGCUCCCCCUGGGCUCACCACAUACCUUAAAUUUAUUAUUAUUAUUAUUAUUAUUAUUACGACAACCGCUCCCCCCGGGCUCACCACAUACCUUAAAUUUAUUAUUAUUAUUAUUAUUAUUAUUAUUAUAACGACAACCGCUCCCCCCGGGCUCACCACAUACCUUAAAUUUAUUAUUAUUAUUAUUAUUAUUAUUAUUAUAACGACAACCGCUCCCCCCGGGCUCACCAGAUACCUUAAAUUUAUUAUUAUUAUUAUUAUUAUUAAAAUGACAACCGCUCCCCCCGGGCUCACCACAUACCUUAAAUUUAUUAUUAUUAUUAUUAUUAUUAUUAUUAUUAUUAAAAUGACAACCGCUCCCCCCGGGCUCACCACAUACCUUCAAUUUAUUAUUAUUAUUAUUAUUAUUAUUAUUAUUACGACAACCGCUCCCCCCGGGCUCACCACAUACCUUCAAUUUAUUAUUAUUAUUAUUAUUAUUAUUAUUAUUAUUAUUAAAACGACAACCGUUCCCCCCGGGCUCACCACAUGCCUUAAAUUUAUUUAUAUUAUUAUUUCUAUUAUUACUGGGCUCCCCACAUGCCCUAAAUUUAUUAAUAUUAUUAUUAUUAUUUCUAUUAUUACCAGGCUCACCACAUGCCUUAAAUUUAUUAAUAUUAUGAUUACUGGGCUCGCCACAUACCUUAAAUUUAUUAUUAUUAGUAUUAGUAUUAUUAUCACUACUACAACUACAUUUAUAUAUGCCGCCUGGUAAGGGACUCGAGGUGCCUUGCAGACAACAGCAAGAACAGCUCAAAACAAAGAAAGAAAAGCAACCGUCAAAAUACAAUUUGGCACUGAUAGAAUUUGGGAAUUAUUCUAGGGACAGUACUACCUAAAUUGCACAGCUCCGUUUUGUAACAGAUAAAAUUGAAAUAGAAGGAAUAGGAGAGAAAAUAGAAAACAUAAGGGGGGGGAGAAGUUAAAACAAUGGACCAGGGGGGCGGGGAGAAGAGAAGCUGAUGUUUUGUUGUGUAUUUGGAUGUUAUUGGGUUACUAUGUAAUAAUUGAAAGAUGAUAAAUAAAGUUUGUUUUAAAAAAGAAAUAAACUAACUGGCCUGUUUUGGAUAAAUAGUAAUGCUGUGCUCUACCUCUUCUCCACAGACGUCAGUGAUAUCUCCCCCUCUACAAGUUUGCCUCCACUUGUAGAAGGACAACUGCGUUGCUUUCUGAAGCUGACCAUUAGCAAAAUCUUAUGGAUGGUUGCCAAGCCACCUGCUUCCUUCCUUAUCCAGGUGAGGUGGUGGGGAGAAACAUCGGACGGGACAGCCUUUGUUCCCCGGGAUACCUCGCAGGCCGAGCAAAAAACCCUCAAAACUACGACCCGCUACCCAGUUCGGUGUGGACCAAAACAGUUUGUCUCCUAUCUGACAGGUACAGCUACUUCUUUGAAGUAUGAGCGUGUGGUUUGUUAGUUUAGGGUUGGACAAGCUGCUAAAGCACAAAUUGGCUACUUUUAAAAUGAGCCUGCCUUUUAAAUUGCAUUUUAACCUGUAUUUUAAAUUGGUUUUCCCUCCCCCCCCCCAUUAUGUUUUUACUGUGAUUUUAUUGGUGUUAGCUGCCCUGAGCCCGGCUCUGGCUGGGGAGGGCGGGGUAUAAAUAAAAAUUAUUAUUAUUAUUAUUACUACUACUAUUAAAAGGAAGGCAGUGAUUGUGUUUUGCCCCUUCAAGUCAAGUCCCAGUGAGUCAGCUUAGAAUGAGAUGGAACAAACAGUAAAAUUAUUCUGCAUUGCUGGCAGAUAAGGUUCAUUCUCAUAAUCGGUGGGCAACUUCUGCUUUUUCAGAGCCUUAUAAAAGUUGCUAGCUGAUGGUCCCUCAGUUUGAUGCCUGCAUUAGAAGGAUUUUAUUUAUUAUUUUUGGUGGGAGGGAGACCCCUUCCCAUUGCCCCUUUCACUUUCUCCCCAUUUCAGGUCCUUCCAUCACCCCUUGUUCCAGGCCCCAGCCUGGGCCGCCUCCAUACCAGUUUCUUAUUUCCAUCAUGGUAAGUAUCCAGCCAUGGCUAAGAGAUGGAGGUGAGGAACUGGUUUUCAUAUACAGUGGUACCUCAGGUUACAUACGCUUCAGGUUACAGACUCCGCUAACCCAGAAAUAAUACCUCGGGUUAAGAACUUUGCUUCAGGAUGAGAACAGAAAUCGUGGUCUGGCGGCGCAGCGGCAGCAGGAGGCCCCAUUAGCUAAAGUGGUGCUUCAGGUUAAGAACAGUUUCAGAUUAAGAACGGACCUCUGGAACGAAUUAAGUACUUAACCAGAGGCACCACUGUAUAGGGUAGCUUGAAUAGCUCAGCCACUUGUUUCUGCAUCUUGAAGUAAAAGCACACAUUGUGCUGUUUCUUCACGUUUUGUUUAUUGAGCUCGUUUAUUUUUGUUUGUUUUGCCUCCUACAGAUAUGGGUGCUCUUGUCCUGGAAGUAAUGGCCAAACCAAAUCACCUUCCAAUUGGCCGGGUGCAAAUCAAUGGGCUGGCACAGCUCUCUCCAAGUCACCCAAUCAGCGGUUUUUUCACCAUUGUCUCACCGACAUCUGAGAAGAUGGGAGAGCUGCAGGUAAUUCUCAAACCUUUCCCUGUUUAAUGGUCAUCCCCACACCACGGCAGCUAUGUGCUCCAAGUUCAACACAUGGUGAGGUGGGCAUGGAAAACACAAGAUAAAGCUACUAACGAAUUUAAUAAAUAAUAAUAAUAAUGUGCUUUCUAAAUGCUAACUACUACUGCUGAGCCCUUUCAAACUUUUUCUUUCAGGUAUCGCUUGUUCUGGAACCGCUGUCUGAAACCUAUGACAGCAACAGCUCCGUCCCAAACACAGACGUCAGCUUCAGUGCUGGUUUGUCAAUCCGGGGAACCAAAGAAACGGCUGACUCUAACCCAUUCCUUGUACCCUCGCAGCCUCACAGGCCGGCUAGCACGAAUAUUGUUGGAAGAGAGUCUGCUAGCAGUAGCAGGGCCACCACACCAAGGUGUUUUUCUCUUUUUUGGUUUUCCAUUUUGAUCUCAAUGAAUGUUUUAAGUUGAAGAGACAGAUAAAUACAUUUGAGCCGCACAUUUGUCAGGGUGGAGGCUUUUUGUUUCUGUUGUGAAGCCCUUUAAUAGGCUUUUGUCGUUUUAUCACCUGUUGUUUGCCACCCUGGGCUCCCUUGGGAGGAAGGGUAAGGUAGAAAUUAACUAAGUGAUGGCAGGGAUGGGGAACAUGUGACCCUCCAGAGGUGGGACCCUCAAAACUCCCACCAACCCACUGGCACAGCCAAAUAUCGGGGAUGACGGGAACAGGAGUUCAGCAAUGUCUAGAAGGCUUCAUGGGGUCAUCUCAACUGCCAUUUUUCUUGAAAUAAUAAAUAAUAAUUUAUUAUUUCUACCCCACCCAUCUGGCUGGGUUUCCCCAGCCACCCUGGGUGGCUUCUAACAAAAGAUUAAAAAUACAUUAAAACCUCAGUCAUUAAAAAACUUCCCUAAACAGCUCCAUUCGCUUUCCCAUAGCACAUAUUCAAGGGAAAAGGAGGCAUCCAAGGUCCUCUGGCUGUUCUGGGUGUGGACCCCAUCAGGUGGGCUGGAGAGCUGCCUUCAGGGCAUCUUUGGCUCUUGCAGAUUCCAUUGCCUCUGAACCUAGAAAGGGCAGGCCCUCAAGAGACCCAGGAAAGGGUACCGGACACUUUUGUUUUGGUUUGAUUUGUAAGUGGAGAACAGCUAGAGCUCAUCUGAGAUGGAAAGAGAGGCCAUAUUGUCAUCAGUGGGUUCCUUGUCCCAUAAUCUCAUAUUGAUGGAAAGCUGGCAACCCACUGGUCCGGGAAAAGCACUCUCCAUUUCAAGAUUGCACACCUCCCUUGAAGAAUGGCAUGGGAGAAGCAUGGUCUAGGUUUUCCACUGCUGGCAAGGAACCAACAUGAUUGUGUUCUGCAUUCUCAUGUAUUUGGGUUGAACAAGACUAUCGGCUGCUAGUAAGUCUUAUGCCUGCUUAAAGUACUUUAAAAAAAAAAUGCUAAUGGGCUGAACUCUGGCUUCCAUUAAGCACCCAGGGAGCUCAGUAUUCCUCAGGAAAGCUUAUUUCACCAGAUCAGAAGCUGCAUAGAUGUCUGUUAUGCAUGUCAAAGCGGAUUGCUGUCAUUACCCAUAAGCAUUUCAGGGUGGGUGGGCGUGCCAGUCUCUUCCCAGUUCAUGUGAAGCCAUGACUUGAACAUCCUGGGUUGCAAAACGGCUCAUGAGCCCUGUCUCUGUGUCCCCCACUGAUGAUGACCUCUGUCAGGUGAUGCAGAAGGAGACUGCACGCCUCAGUGGAACUCAGGAGAACAUAUUGCCAAAUGUCUCAGUACCCAAGUAACUCUGCAGGCCAGAAUGUCCCCUAGCCCUUCACUCUGCAGUGCUCUGAAGGCAAGGGUGUGUUUUCUGUCCCCAUUAUUCAGCUCUCCCUGUCAGUUAUACUGGUACCUUAUAUGCAUGCCCAGAACAGCAUUAGGGGCAUUUUGGAAAAACCAUCCUUGAGUUAAACUUUGUGAUGGUGCUUAUGUUUUGGAACAGGGGCAAGGAUCACUUGUACUUUCAGGAGAACUCCGAGAACCUAAAAGAAGGGUUUUUUCGACCUCAGCACCACCACCUCCAAGGGCACAAUGAUUCUGUCAAUGCAAAUGAUCCAAAACAACAAGGAUUGUUUUCCGGUGGCUCUGAUCUUGAGGCUCAAGUGAGGUCGGCUAAGGAAAGUCCCAAACCUGCCCAUGUUCUUUCUUGCAACAACCCACCCACAAAAGAUCUCCUUUCAGGUAUGUAUAUAAACAGUUGGGUUUCAUCUACGAUGUUAUCGUUUUAAAAAGUUCUGUCACGUUGCACUUUCCCCUAUAGGAGUGGUCAAGGAAUGGCUCGCCCAUAAGUCAGUAUGUACAGUUGUUAUUUUAAAUUCAUUGUUCACUCUUGUUCUCUUUUCCCCAGCCCUUUUGGAUAGAGGCAAUAGACUCCGAAACGCUAUGGUAGUGUCUGCAAUGACUUCGAAUCCCGAUCCCGAUAUACAGCUUUAUGAAUUUCAGCCUAUAAAGCAGGAUGUCUCCAAACUAGUUGAAAAGUGAGUUUGGAAGAGUAUGUGGGAAUGUUUGUGUCAUGGAUAUAAUGGCAUUCAGGAUGCUUAGUAAAAGCAGUAUGUAUCAAAUCACUUUUUCAGAGUAGCUUGGGACCAACAAUUCUAUAGACAGAGACAAAAUAGUUAUGGUUCUAUCCCUGACAUCUGCUGGAUUAGGAGUAUGCAAGUUGCCAACUCUAUAUCAGAAAAAAAAACCAUGAAGUGUGUACAUUUACAUCCCAUUUCAAAGAUAUAUGAUCUAACUUUGUAUGUGUGUGUAUACUAAAUUGAUGGAAACAGUAGAUUGGUCCAACAGAUUGUUAUUAGGGGUUUUUUGCUGCAGGAACGAAACAUAGCAAAAGACUACAAUCCUAUAUAUCUCAGAAGUCCAAUGGGAUUUGUUACAAGUUAAAUGUAUAUGGGUCUGCAGCCUAUAGCAAUAAAAUUUGUUAAAAUGCCUGGUGCCUAAAUGAUGCUAAUGUUGGCACCAAACAAACCUCAUUGGUUUUGGUAAUUUAUCCUUGCUUAAUUUCAUAACACACACACACACACCCCCGCUCCUAGUUCAGCCUUACCCAACUGUAAUGAGUAUGAGUUACUCGUGCGUAAACUGGUGCCUCUCUAGGCUAAUUUGCCUUGUUAAACCUUUCUGACUGCAUAGCCCUUUCUCAUGGUGACUGCCUCAGUUGCUGGCAGAAUCCGUCAGUGGGCGUUUCUUGAACCUCUUCCAACAUAAAAGUUGUUUGGCACCCAGUCUCCUCCUCCUCUCACUGCGCGGGAGUCUUCUGCGCAGGGAGGGCGUGGGUAGUGGAGGACCUGUCCCCUCCUCACUGAGUUCCAGUGAAGAGUCCUGGAGCCCUCUCUCCGAUUCCCCCAUCUGGCCCCCUUUAUCCCUGGUGUUGCGCUUAAAUGCUUCCCUCUCUACUGAGCUGUUUCUCCCCCUGCUGCUGGGUCCUUCGCCAGCAUCUUCUAGGAGCCUCCCCUUCGCCUCUCGCUCCGAUGUCAGUUCCCUGACACCAACCUGGUGCCCUUCGGCUAAAUUGGACUACAACUUCCAUCACUCCUGGCCAUUCACUAUGACUUCAAGGGCUGAUGGGAGUUGUAGUCCAAAGCAUCCAGAGUGUACCAUGCCCGGGAAGUGCCUAGUUCAUCUUUAUUGGCAUAUUUUCUUAUCCAGGAAUCUUAAAAACCUGCACCCUGGCCUCAUAUCUGCCGUUGAAGAGCCUCUUCAGCCACUGCCUGAUGGCUCAGAAUUUGAUUUACAUGCUGAAAACAGAGCAAUCCAGCUCUUGCUGGGCAGGUAAGAUGUGAAAUGUGUGGGGAGACCUCUAGCAACAAGGGUCAUCAUGAAUACAAUAGAUUCUGUCUAACACAGCUAGAGACUCAGUCUCAUUUGUGUUCUGUACAUCACCUAGCAGAGUAGUGCUGGAUAAAAACCAAAAAGCUAGGACAGUGCUGAAUUCAACGUUACUGUGUGCAUGCGCAUAUCUGUGUAUGUAGCUAGAUGAUGUGCAUAUUUACCUUCUUUCCUUUUCUCCCCCACAGUUCUGGUUCUUCCCCUCUGCGCCUUUUGGAUGGUACAGGCUCUCCCCUGGAAUGUAUCUCUCCCGGGAGUGAGGUGUACGACAGUGAGCUGAACGACCCCCACUAUGACCAGAGCCUGCUGGAAAACUUGUUCUACACGGCUCGAGUAAGCGCCAGAGGCGUGUAGGUGGUUUGGGCAUGUUAUUGUGACUAAGCUUUCCAUGAACCAAGCCAGUCUUACCACAGUCAGCUUCCUGGCUAGAAAACAUUAUUUGUACAUAGUCUCUUAUCCUGUGUUUGAAGGAGGGGGCCUUGCUCAGUGGUAGAACCCAUGCUUUGCCUGUGCAAGGUUCAACCUCUGUCAUCUCUAGUUAAAAGAGUCUCAAGAGGGGCUGUGAAAUACUUUUCUGCCUGAGAUACUGGAAGGCUGCUGUCUGUACUGGGCUAGAGUGAACCAGGCAACAAUUCUGCGAAUCAAAGUCUGCUUUGCUUAUGUCAGCACAGUAACCCGGCGCCCACCAGGUGUUUUAGACUACAACUCCCAGCAGCCGUAGGCAUUGGAAGUUAGCGUAUUUUCGCUCUAUAGGACACACUUUUCCCGCUCCAAAAAUGAAGGGGCAAUGUGUGUGCGUCCUAUGGAGCGAAUGCAGGCUUUCGCAGCGACCCCUCUCGCUCUCCAGGCCUCAGGCAGCUAUCCGCAAGCCUUCGGAGCGCUCCGAAGGCUUGCGGAUAGCAGCCUGCAGCCCGUCGAGCGCUGCGCCAAUUCCCGCAGCGCUUGCCGGGCUUCAGGCAGCCAUCCACAAGCCUUCUGAGCGCGGCGGGAUUUCCCGCCAGGCUCCAAAGGCUUGUGGAUAGCUGCCUGUUCUGGGGUGGGGGAAGCUCAGGCUUUCCAGUCCCGCAAGCUCCGGGAGCGGCGGCGAGGUUGCGCGCAAUCUUGCCACCGCUCCUGGACCUGUUCUGGGGGCUGGGGUCGGGGGAAGCUCGGGUUUCCCCCGUCCCCAGCCCCGCAAGCUCCGGGAGCGGCGGCAAGGUUGCGUGCAAUCUUACCGCCGCUCCUGGACCGGGGGGGAAUUCCCCCCCCCGCCUAAAAACUAGGUGCGCCCUAUGGUCCGGUGCACCCUAUGGAGCGAAAAAUACGGUAUAGUCUAAACAUUGGGGGGGGCAACAGAUUGGGGAAGGCUGGCUUAUGUUCUUCCUCUCUGCCUCUCCUUUCAUUCCGUCUUACCUCUCUUGCGCUGGGCAUCGUCCAAAAGACGAGAGCUGCAGAAAGACAAAAACGUUUGUUUUAGGUGUGCAAAAGACUUAAGUGAAGUUUAAAACACUAGCCCUCUCCUAGGCCAAUCAGAUUUAUGUGGUGCCCCCCCCCCCCCCAGAAGAUUAGCACAGCUCGUCCACAGAGUGUUCUCCUGAGAAAAUAAUGUGUGGUACUCACCAUGAAGAUUCUUUUAGUGUGAGGCAUCUGUAUCACACCCUUGGCAGCUAGAGGCAUCCCCCAUAAAAGAAGCAUUCGUGUAGGAACACAUCAGAUAUGCCACACCUCUCAUUUGUGCCGGGACUUGCUGGAGGAGUAGAUGAAGACCAGAGGUUCUGCCUCUGCCCCUUUAACUUCACACCUUUCCAGAUGCUCCUCAUAUCUCUCUGUCUAGCUUGGCCACAAAAUAGAAUUUGAGUAGAGAUUAAAAAAACUUGCAGUGUUUGGAAAAGGUUACCAUCUUUUAAAAAAAUAAUAAUUCUAUGGUUCCUUUUAUUAAUCUAGCAACGUGCCUACUAAAACAGAUCAUGUAUUUCAGCAACUGAGUUUGAAUUCUAUACUGUAAUUACAUUUUUUUAUUUAAAUGUUUUUUUAUUAAUUUUCCAUUUUUGAAAAUAUCACAUCAUAUCACCUUUUACAAAGUUUUAGCUCUGCCGAGCUUUUGACUUCCCUCCGUUCCAUCAUCUGGUUUUUAUAAGUGGUUAUCAUCUUUAAUCUCAAUAUAAGGAGAACUUCCUUUUGGCAACUGAAUCGUUAAUUCGUGAGUGUUCUGUGACUGUUAAAUGUUUUUUGCUUUUCUCACUCUUUCCCUUAGAAGUCCGACAGCAGCUUAAGUGACUUCCUCAGUGAGGAGGAAGAUGCUGUUGCUUCCGGAAAACUAAACAAGUCGCAGAACAGCAAGUGUCGGAGAUCAAAAAAGGCUUCAGAGUCUAGCCCCUUGGGUCAGAAAGGGACUCGAGAGACAAAACCCAGGUAAACCAGUUGUUGUGGGCUCCAUUACACAUAACUCAAGCAGCUCAGAACUGUGAUACCUUAAGGACCGCUUCUCUCCAUAUGAACCGACAAGGACUCUGCGAUCACCAUCCGAGGGCCUACUUUGUGUGCCCCCCCCCCCCAAGGGAGAUCUGAAGAGCGGCAGCACAAGAACAGGCCUUUUCUGCAGUGGCUCCCCAUUUGUGAAAUGCUUCGCCAGGGAGGCUUGCCUGCCACCAUUGUUACACAUCUUUAAGCACCAGGCAAAAACUUUGCUUUGCAACCAGGCCGUGGGCCUUUAACUACCUGUGGCCUUUUUGAAGUGGGUGGGAUGUUUUAAAUGUAUUUCUUUUUCCUUGUGUUUCUAAUGCACCUAUGGGGUGGGGUAGAAUUUUCCAAUCUUUUUGAGUCCCCGGCUCCCUUGACCAACUGCGUUCUUUCUCCGGCACCCCUGUGGGGCUCAGGAGCCCCUUGCCUGCAGAGCUGGCAGCCUCUCACCCCUUUUCUAUCACCCUCCCUUGCGGAGUGUUCCCUCAGCCUCCUCUCCUCUCCCCUCUGCUUGGGAGUCCUCCGGGCAGCUUCUGCUGCCGGCAUCCCUGGUCUCUGAGCUCACACGCACACACAUUGCCCCAAAGAGAGGUGCCUCCUCACGCUGCCCCUCAGGAGCCUAGGACUUGUCAGUCUGUUCCCAACAGCAAGGGCUGGCAGACUGACUGGCUGGGCUCCCUUGCUCUGAGGUCUCCUCAGAUCCUGGCAGCCAGCACACCCUGACCAGUCCCAGAGGCACCAUUCGCCUGGGGAGCUUGAAGCCAGGGCUGCUGCAACAAACUGCUGUGCAAGCCUUUGGGAGACAGAGACGUGAGAGGGCAUCCAAGGAGGGAGGGAAGGAAAGAGGGACAGAGGUCAGUGUUGCCCAUGAUACCCCUGACCAUCAUUCAAGGCACCCCAGGGUGCCACAGCACACUGGUUGAAAACUACUGAGGGGGGGAAUUGUCCACCUGUUCGGUUGAUUGUUGUUUUUUAAUACUUUUAUUUUGCUUUAAACAAAUACAGUGGUACCUCGGGUUACAUACGCUUCAGGUUACAUACGCUUUAGGUUACAGACUCCGCUAACCCAGAAAUAGUACCUCGGGUUAAGAACUUUGAUUAAGGAUGAGAACAUCCAGCAGCAGCAGGAGGCCCCAUUAGCUAAAGUGGUGCUUCAGGUUAAGAACAGUUUCAGGUUAAGAACGGACCUCCAGAAUGAAUCAAGUACUUAACCCGAGGUACAACUGUACAGAGAAAUAUAAACAACCAAAAUGACAAAAAAAAAUCCUUCAUAAUAAUAAUAAUAAUAAUGAAAAAAGCUAAAAAACUACAAAAAAAAAUCUAAGUGCAUGGCUUAGAACUUAAGCUAUUAUGGGAAAGAAAAAGGAGAGGAGGAGGAGGAGGAAAGAAAAAAAGGGAAAAGAAAAAAGAGGAAGAUGAGCCAAAACACAAGAAGGCUCAUCUAUUGUAUGCUUCCGUCAAGGUCACAACAGAUCAUUAUUCUUAUCAAUUCCCACUAUCUGCUGUUUGGUUGGUUUUAAGUCCCUUUGGGUUGCCCUGGGCAAGAAAAAUCACUGACAAAUUUAAUAAAUAAUAAUAAUGGCAUCACAACUCCUGAUUUCCUCUGAAUAUCAAUUCAGUUCAGGUGUUUUUCCCUACACAGAAUUGGGGCAUUUGUAUCAAAUGUGUGAGUAUGCAAAUUCAUGGAGGAUCAGACUAUUAGUGGCUCCUCACAACAAUGGCUAGGUACUAUCUCCACUGUUGGAGACAGUACGUAACUGAAUGCCAGCUGCUGAGAAUCACAGCUUCAUAGGGUGCUAUUGCACUCUGGUACUGCUUGCAUGCCUCUUGUGAGUUGGCCACUUUGAAAACAGAGUGCUGGGCUAGUUAGGCCACUGGUCUGAUCCAGCACAGGCUCCUCUUAGGUUCUUAUGUGCAAGAGAUGUAAUAGAACAACUCCUUGGAGCACCUUUCUCUUUCCUUUUUAUGAGGAAGGUUAUCUUAGCCUGCUCGUUCGUGUUCCCCUUCUCAGCCAUUCUCCCGCUGGGCCGCUUCCUCUUCAUGAGGCUUCCAUGGAAUCUACAGAGGAAACACGAGCUGUCAACUUGAGCCUUGACAGACUGGCAGUGCUGGGUCGGGUCCGAUUAGCUAGAGCAGUCGUGGAGAGCCUAAAGGUGCCCCCUGAAAACAUCACUCCAGGCAAAAAACGUUCAACUGGAAAGCCGCCCAGGCCAGCGUUGGCCAAAAAGAGGUAAUAAUUCUUCCUUCUCACUUAGGGGUGAGGCAUGUAAGCUCAUUGACUUGAUCCAAUCUCAGUAGGAAUCAUUAGAAUCGUUCAUUUUAUCACAAGAGCAAAGAUUUGGGGAUGAUGUAAAAUCCCUGUUGAUACCAAGUCAAAUCCAUUGGCCCAUUUAGUUCUGUGCUGCCUCCACUAACUGGCAAAUGGCUCUCCCAAGAUUUCAGAAAAGGGUGUUUCCGUGCAUUUCCUGGGGUUCCCAGGGGUUGAAUCUAGGACUUCCUGCAUGCAAAGCUGUCACUCAGCCGCUGAGCUUGACCUCAGUGACUUGAGAGCCAGUGUGGUGUAGUGGUUAAGAGCGGUAGUCUCGUAAUCUGGGGAACCGGGUUCGCGUCUCUGCUCCUCCACAUGCAGCUGCUGGGUGACCUUGGGCCAGUCACACUUCUUUGAAGUCUCUCAGCCCCACUCACCUCACAGAGUGUUUGUUGUGGGGGAGGAAGGGAAAGGAGAAUGUUAGCCGCUUUGAGACUCCUGAAGGGGAGUGAAAGGCGGGAUAUCAAAUCCAAACUCUUCUUCUUCUUCUUCUUGUGUUGAUGCCCUUUCCACUUUGGCCCAUUAUAUUAAAAACAGUUGGUUGAUUCACCCAAUACGCUUUCUGUUUCUCCCAUCCACAGGACAUUCUUUGUCGAGUUUCACUUUCCAGUGGGAGCUUCAAAGAUUGGAGCAGGGCAGGCCGCCAUAACGACAGAAAUAGUUCGGAUAGCGUCAAGUAAAAUCUCGGGGGAAGGUAAGCCUUACCUGGGGGAAAGGGGCCUUUUCUCCCAUGGAUGGGGCAGCUGACUGCAUGGUGUCAUGCCCAACACCACUUUCUGGUCCUGUCCUUUUAGGUGUAGCAUCCAUUUUGUCCUCUGCCACACUGCAUCCUGCACUUCCUCAAAAUUCCAAAUGUCCUCAUUGACCCCAAAAGGCUGGCAGCCCCUACUAUAGGUGGAGAAAGGUGGUGGGAUUGGAUCUUUCUGAUAAGGAAAAGUAAGCUGAUCAGCUCCCCCCCACCCACAAAAAAAAAAAAAAUAGAGCCCAAGAACUUUAUAAGAUAACUAGAAAAUGAAGAGUGGCAGUCUAGUUAACCGGAAUAGGAUUUGUUGUUGUUGUUGUUGUUGUUUAGUCGUUUAGUCGUGUCCGACUCUUCGUGACCCCAUGGACCAGAGCACACCAGGCACUCCUUUCUUCCACUGCCUCCCGCAGUUCGGUCAAUAGGAUUUAGCUACUAGUACAGUGGUACCUCGGGUUAAGUACUUAAUUCGUUCCAGAGGUCCGUUCUUAACCUGAAACUGUUUUUAACCUGAAGCACCACUUUAGCUAAUGGGGCCUCCUGCUGCCGCCGUGCCACCGGAGCACGAUUUCUGUUCUCAUCCUGAAGCAAAGUUUUUAACCUGAAGCACUAUUUCUGGGUUAGCAGAAUCUGUAACCUGAAACGUAUGUAACCUGAAGCGUAUGUAACCCGAGGUACCACUGUAAAGAAAGGGAUCACCUUCAUGGAUCACUGCCUUGUCAUGGCGAAGGGGCUUGAAUAACUCGAAGAAGUCAUGAGCUAUGCCUCGCAGGGCCACCCAAGAUGGACAGGUCAUAGCCGAGAGUUUAGACUAAAUGUGAUCCACCUGGAGAAGGGACUGGCAAACCACUCCAGCGUUUUUCCAACAAAACUCCAUGGAUAUAAAAAAGGAAAAGCUUUGAGAAGAAAGUGAGAGUUUCCAAGGCAUGCUCUGGUUCAUGGGGUCACGGAGAGUCAAACACGACUUAGACGACUAAACAACAACAACAAAAAGAAAGGGAGUGAAAGAAUAGUUAGAUAGUUAAGAAAAAAAUAUUUAUUAAUCAGGUUAAUAAAAAUGGAUUUUAAAUGCUGAAAUCCUGGGAGACAGCCUCAUAGACUUCCUUUGGAGUAUAUACCGUAUUUUUCGUCAUAUAGGGCGCACCGGCCCAUAGGACGCACCUCGUUUUUUGGGGGGGGAAUGAAUUUUUAAAAAUUAUUUCCCCCCCCCAGCCGUGGCUGCCGCCCCAAGCCUUGCGCACACCAGCCCGAAGCACGGGGCGCCCUCCGGAGGGCGCCCCGUGCUUCGGGCUGCAGGCUGCCGCCCCAAGCCUCACGCGCCCAGCGGGACCUCACGCGCCCAGCGGGACCUCACGCGCCCAGCGGGACCUCCCGCGGGGCGUGCAAGGCUUGCGGACACCCGCCUGAAGCACGGGGAGCCCUUCAGAGGGCUCCCCGUGCUUCGGGCUGCAGGCUGCUGCCCGCAAGCCUUGUGAGCCCGCGGGAACUCCCGCCGGGCUUGCAAGGCUUGCGGAUAGCUUCCUGAAGCCUGGAGAGCGAGAGGGGUCGGUGCGCACCGAUGCCUCUCGCUCUCCAGGCUUCAGCGAAAGCCUGCAUUCGCCCCAUAGGACGCACACACAUUUCCCCUUCAUUUUUGGAGGGGAAAAAGUGCGUCCUAUGGGGCCAAAAAUACGGUAUGUAUAGGAUCACUCUGUAAAUGCUAAAAGCCUAAAUAAUCUGCCAGAGAGGAAUGGGUUAGUUAAGUAGUUAGUUCUGUUCUUCUUUCAUUGUACCUUUUCCCUCACAAGCCUCCAGAGACCUUUCUUCUGCCGUAUCCUUGAAAUUUUGACUGAGCAUCUUUUUCUUACCUCUUCCAUCCCAUCGGGCAUCCAAUCCCUGUCAAUUUACCUUUUCAGUGGUGAAGUUUCAACAGCGGUACGUGUUCCCCGUUCACUUCAGUGGCACAAUGAUAACCCACUGGUGGAACUCAGACCUUGAGUUUAACAUCUACUCAAAACAAGGCACACAAAGAAAGGUAUUUGUUAUUGUUUUUCUGGAUGAAGCAGAUUAUCUAGACCCAUUUCAACCUACCUUUAAGCCCUGCUUAUGAGACUGCUGCUUAUUAAGAUCUGCAGCUAAGGCUUCACUCUUUGUCCCACCAGUGUUGGAUGUCUGUGUGGCAAGAGCCAACAAGGAGACCUUUUCACGGGCUCCACUGCAACCCCUCCUUUGAGAGGCAUAGUUUGGCAUUCCGCUGGUGGAGGAGGGCAAAAAUGCUUCUUUUUCAGUUGGCUUUCAGCAUAUUAAUUAGGUUUAAAUGGAUAUUUUAAACCUUGUCUGCUUAUAGAUACCCUUUGUAGACCUGUGUGUAAUUUGUGAUAAUUUUUUAAAUAAGUUUUGUUUCGUAAUUUAAUUUUUUUGUUUUACUGUUAGCCACUUAGAGCACUAUUUUGUCAGAAAGUCAGGAUUUUAAUGUUCUUAAUGCCGUAUUGGCCUGAAAAUAAGCCUCACUCCCCCCCCCCCCAAUUCUGACCAUGAAAAGUGCGGCUUAUAUUCGCAACCUUACGGUAUGCAGCCAGGAGCACGGGGCAAACAGCGCCAGGAGUGCGAGAAAGUGGCACCCGCCCUGUGCAUCCUCUCCCCCAAGGACGGUAAGGGAGACAGCAAGGAAGGGAAAAGGCCGCCGGAAACUCACCCCCCCCCCAAGUAUGCAGCCAGGAGCAGCGAGGAAUGGAGAGGCUUAUAUUUGAGUAUUUUUUCCUCCCCCCCCCCUCCAAUUUUAAAUGUGUGGCUUAUAUUUGGGUGCGGCUUAUAUUCGGGCCAGUACAGUACAUAUAUUUUCUUAUUGAUUACUUUUCCUUGAAGACCUUGGCAGAACCCCAGCCCCCAAACCCUACCAGAGGUUUUACGACCAUGAGCACAAUACAGUAUAGAUUAUGUAAUAUUGAAAAGUGAAAUGCGCAAUAUUACCCUCUCCUUCCCCAUUGUGUUCUCCUGUCUUCAGCCCCUGCUGAUUGGCUCAGCCGUUUUCCCACUGCGAGACAUAAUUCAGUCUGAACAACUAACGGUCAGCCGUGAACUGCCUGUGAAAGAAGACGGAGGUCCAGCCCAGCUGGGGCCUUUAAAGGUAUACACAACCUGCUUCUAUACCGUUCUACACACGGGUAGCUUGUCUUAAUGCAACACUUAGGUGUCAUGCACUCUCAUCAUUGAACUAUUCGGAACUGGUAUUGUUCUUGUUGGGUGUUAAUGGCAUAUCAGGAUAUAUUCUAUGCCGAGGAUUUGCCUUGGCUUUUGUGCUUUAGUUAGCACUGGAUGAGCCCCUGCCCUGUAGCCUUUGGGAAUUGGAUAUUUUUUUACUGUGAAAUCUUAUCAGUAGCUUCCUUUUCUCUGCUCCUCUCAGUUUCAUGACGAAUACAGUGGUACCUCCUCUUGUGGACGGGAUCUGUUCCGGAGGUCCGGUCAGAUCCCGAGGUUUCUACAACCUGAGGACCACUUCUGCGCAUGUGCGUGCGGCGAAACCCGGUAAAUAUACUUCGGGUUUGCCACGUGCGCAUCCCAAAGUUUACGUAACCAGAGGGAGGAGGUACGACUGUACCGCCUGAAUCUGUGAGGGCAUGAAUUGCCCACAGGUUUGUUGCCAAAGGAGACUAAAGAAUUGGCUUGUAUCGUUGCCUCUUGCUUUGGCCAUGGAAAUUUUUGGGGGAUUCUGCUUUCUGCAUUGGAGCUCAUUCAGGUGUCAGGUUUACAUCUGGGAAGAGAAGGACCCCAGCUCAUUCCCAAACAAAGACCUCCUAUAUUUAUAUCUAGAGUAUUUAUUAUAUCUAGACAAAAGCAGUCACCUAAUGGUGGGAAUAUGUAUUGAGUGGCUGUGCUGGGUACUGCUCAGUUUUUUAGGGCCACCGCCAUUCCUGACCCUUUGCUUUCCAGGCCCGUUGCAGGUGAUUUUUGCUCUUUUUCUUAUUCACCACUGUGAGGUCUGUUGCCUGCUAAUCAUGCAAAUGGGGUUGGAGAUGAAAGUGGGGAUUGGAGGGAUGGUUCCUGAUGUCACCAAGGUGCUAAGGCAGUGGAAAACAGAGUGAUUCCCUUGGGGGCAAGCAGAUUGGGGGUUGUUUCUCAGAAUGUCUGCUGAAGAAGCUUUCCAUAUUGCAGAGGGUUCUGGGGCAUCUUUCAAGGUCCACACUGGCAAGAGCUGCCUGGACUCUUACUGUACCUCUUCUAAGUGGAUGGUGCAACCCAGAACAAACUUGUCUCUGCUGUUACUGAUUGUCUGGGUGGUCGGUGGGGAGGGGUGUCACCACACCCCUGUCCUCCCAUCAGCAGUGUUGCAAUGCUUACUGAGAAGGGCAAGGUAUCAGGUAGGUCAGCGCAGUGCGAGUGCAGUAGCAAGAAUGACAGAUUAGCUCCGCUGCUGCACUUUUGCACUGUGCCAGCCUCCCCGGGGCUUUGACCCUCUCCCUCCCAGGAAGUGCAAUGAUGCCACCAACUGGAGCCCAUUGGUGCACUGGUUCUCUUUCCUGUUGCGCGUGCACACACACACACACACACACUGAUUUUGCUAUUGAGGAAGAAGCCCUACAAAGCUUCCAAUAAUAAUAAUAAUAAUAAUUUAUUAUUUAUACCCCGCCCAUCUGGCUAGGUUUCCCCAGCCACUCUGGGUGGCUUCCAACAAAACACUAAAAUACAAUAACCUAUUAAACAUUAAAAGCUUCCCUAAACAGGGCUGCCUUCAGAUGUUUGGUAGUUAUUUUUCUCUUUGACAUCUGGUGGGAGGGCAUUCCACAGGGUGGGUGCCACUACCGAGAAGGCCCUCUGCCUGGUUCCCUGUAACUUGGCUUCUCGCAGCGAGGGAACCGCCAAAAGCCCUCAGCGCUGGACCUCAGUGUCCGGGAAGAACGAUGGAGGUGGAGACAUCAUGGUUCACAGGAACAGAGUUUGAAAAGCACAGCUGCAGAAGGUUGUGCUCUCAACAGACAGCAGGUAACGCGUUAUUUCUAACUUUCUUGCGACAGGUGUCAUUGGAACUUGCAGCUGAUAAUAAAGAUUUCUCCAGCACCAGUGCCAAGGCAGCGAAUGGGGCACCACAAGCUCCAGUUCACGCCAUCAGGAGUCCCGGAGUCAAGUUUCAAGAAGUUGGCAGGAGCACCACUCCUGCUGGAAGCCCCCCAGUCUUGAAGCAAACUAAUUGCCAGCUCCCAAAGAGGAACCAAGAGUCUUCACCUGCAGUAUCAGAAAGGGCCAACGUUGGCGUGAGUCAGCUGCCAGUCCCCAUGCCCGUCUCCCGUAACCUCCUGAACCAGCUGUGUGCAUCAGAAGAAGAAGGUUUGCUGCUGCACGUACUCUUGAUGGUCCCAGAAGGGAAGGUCUUUGUUCCCAAAGACGCUGGAUUUCAUGGCUCUUGUAACGUGUAUCUAAACUGCAAGCUCUUCAGCACAGAAGAAGCCACAAGGUCUGCUGUGAUAUGGGGGACCACACAACCCAUCUUCCAGUUUUCUCAGGCAAGCUUCAGUUUUUUAAUGUACGCAGUAAUCCUGGUAACAUUAGUUCCUCCUCAGUGUUUAACGUCACGUCCUUAAAAUUGUGAGGUCAGAGAACAAAAUACAGGCCCAAAACUUUUAUUAUUUGCCCACUGCUUUACAGCAGGAGGGCCAGUUUCUGUAUUCUAAAGUAGUUGUCAGACUUGCCAGGAGGCAGAAUGUGUUUUGCUGCCCUUCAUAAUAAUAAUAAUAAUUUAUUAUUUAUACCCCACCCAUCUGCCUGGGUUUCCCCAGCCACUCUGAGCAGCUUCCAACUGAAUAUCAAAAACAAUACAGCAUCAGACAUUAAAAAACUUCCCUAAACAGGGCUGCCUCCAGAUGUCUUUUAAAAGUAAAAUAGUUGUUUAUUUCCUUGACAUCUGCUGGGAGGGCGUUUCACAGGGCAAGCGCCACUACCAAGAAGGCCCUCUGCCUGGUUCCCUGUAACCGCACUUCUCGCAGCGAGGGAACUGCCAGAAGGCCCUUGGCACUGUGUCCGGGCUGGAUGAUGGGGGUGGAGACGCUCCUUCAGGUAUACAGGUAUUCAUAGCUGGCUUGGCCCUAUAAUUAAAGCCGCCCAAUUCCCAGCAGCAAAGGACGUCUCAGUCAUGAGUCAGACCCCACCUGUAUCCAGUUCUGGGCACUGGAGUUUAAGAAAGAUAUUGAGAAGCUGGAAUGUGUGCAGCAGAAGGCAGCCAGGAUGGCAAAGUGUCCGGAAAACAAACCUUAUGAGGGUGUUGGGGAUCUUUAGCCUGGAGAAGAAAAGACUGGGAGGUGGUAUGAAAGCCUUCUUCAGAUAUCUGAAGGGCUGUCAUUUGGAAGAUGGAGCAGGCUUGUUCGGGUAAGAUUACAAUUACAAGAAAUGAGAUCCUGACUAAACAUUAGGAAGAACUUUCUGACAGUUAAGGGCUAUUUGAAAGUGGAUCAGUCUCUUUCAGGAGGCAGUGGACUCCCCUUCCUUUGAGCUUCUCAAGCAGAGGUUGGAUGGCCAUUUGCUGGGGAUUCUCCAGCUGCGAUUCCUGCAUUGCAGGGGGUUGGACUGUAACCAUUGGGUUCCCUGCCCACUUUUCAAUUCUAUGCUUCCCUGUGUGCUCAGGCCUUCCCAGGUCGCCCGCAUACAGAACCCCACGAGAGACCAAAUAUUAAAGUGUGUGAAACACAUCUUUUUAUGGGGCAGCCUAGAAUAGGGAUGUGGGUGACGCUGUGGGUUAAACCGCAGAGCCUAGGACUUGCCGAUCAGAAGGUCAGCGGUUCGAAUCCCCGUGAUGCGGUGAGCUCCCGUUGCUCAGUCCCAGCUCCUGCCAACCUAGCAGUUUGAAAGCAUGUCAAGUGCAAGUAGAUAAAUAGGUACCGCUUUGGCGGGAAGGUAAACGGUGUUUCCUUGCGCUGCUCUGGUUCACCAGAAGCAGCUUAGUCAUGCUGGCCACAUGACCCGGAAGCUGUACACCGGCUCCCUCGGCCAAUAAAGUGAGAUGAGCGCCGCAACCCCAGAGUUGCCCACGACUGGACCUAAUGGUCAGGGGUCCCUUUACUUUUACCUAGAACAGGGGUAGGCAGACUGAGGCCCGGUGGCCAGAUCCGGCCCAAUCGCCUUCUCAAUCCAGCCCACGUACGGGCUGGGAAUCAGCGUAUUUUUACAUGAGUAGAAUGUGCCCUUUUGUUUAAAAUGCACCUCUGGGUUAUUUGUGGGGCUUGCCUGGUGUUUUCACAUGAGUAGAAUGUGUGCUUUUAUUUAAAAUGCAUCUCUGGGCUAUUUGUGGGGCAUAGGAAUUUGUUCAUUUCCCCCCCCCACACACACACAAAUAUAGUCCGCCCCCAACUAGGUCUGAGGCACAGUGGACCGGCCCCCUGCUGAAAAAGUUUGCUGACCCCUGGCCUAGAACAUCACUAAACAAAAUUAACUUUUGAAACUCGUUUUCUUUUCCUCACAAGGAAAACUUGUCAGCAAACAUUUUACCUGCAACUUAAUCAAACUUGGUAAGCUUGCAAGGGGACUUAAUUCCCCCCCCCCUUAGCUGUGUUGGGUCCAAGGACAGUUUACUGUGGAUUUGCUGGUUUACAUGCCAUCCUCUUUAUUUUUAUAUUUGCAAAGGCUGAGAUGAAGGGCUGUGUGUGUGUGUGUGUGUGUGUGUGUGUGUAGGCCUGCUUCUCUGAUCAAAGAGUCUGAUCAAAUCUCUAGGUAACUCCUGUUUCACUGACAUCAAAACAUCUGGAGAGGCUGAAGAACAACGUGAUGGUCAUAGAAGCCUGGAACAAGGUGUGCAUUCCAGGAGGAGACGCCCUGCUAGGACUGGUGAAGCUUCCACUGCAUCAGUUCUACGUUUCAUUCAAGUAAAAACUCAGUCUUCGUUUUUAAAAUUGUUUUUAUUUUACUGUGUUGUGGCAUAUUUACUCAGUUUUCUUCUUUCGGGAACACUGAUAAUGCCCCACCACCACCACCACCAAGUCAGAUUAAAAAACCGAAAAUCACUUCCAGGCAGUGAUUUUUAAUUUCCAUCCCUAACUUGGGCUACAUAUGAUAUAUUGCUGUGAGUUCAUCCUGAAGUAAGCUAAGGGGCAGUAUACUGCCCAAAACAUCCACCACCCAGUUUGCUUUGAUUCAUUUGUUUCUUUCAUUUCUCAUAUAUAUAAUCUAAAUAAAAACAAAAACAGGGAAAGAGAAAAGAGUCUUCUCCCAAAACUAGUUGUUAACCCUUGUCUCACACAGAAAGCCAUGGACCCUCUCAGCUCUCACUGGGAGCUUUCCUUCCUUAUCAUCAUCAUUUUUAAUUUGUAUACCACCUUUCCAUCUUACAAUACUCAAGGCAGUUUACAAGCCGAAGAAACAAAGAAUGUACACCUCAUAACAAUCUAAUGCAAUACAAAAAUGUGAUAAUAAAACGGCUUCGAAAUAAGCAAUCUACAUCAAAUAAAGCUCCACAUUCAUUAGAAUAGUAUAGAAUAAUAAUAUCAGCAUAUAAAAAUUAAACAGAAACCCACUCUUAACAAUUGCAAUGAAUAAUUUCGAAACUACAAUCAAUAAAACAACGGCAAGCCACAGUGCACAAAAUAAUACAGUACAACUUGAGAAGCAGAGACUGUAGGGUGGUGUAAGGCAGGUGGAAGAAGGCCUUGCCUGAUGGAGUCUCUCCCCUCACAGGUCUUCCUCCAGGUCCAGCUUCCUUAUGAGGACUCCCAGGGCCAGGGGGUGGGGUCUCUCACCCUGGAAGGCCUUCCCUUCCCUGCCUCUCACUCACAGGGUCCUGCCACCAACCACCUGCCACCUUCAUGUGCGAGUAAUCCUUGGACUCCCGUUUCUUGCAUUUCUCACCCACUUUUCGCUCUGAGGUUCCAGGGUGUGGCACAUAAACUGGAAACACAAUCACAGAAAGAUUGAGUGGGAAUUUGAGCCAAGGGGACUGAGAGUCUGAGGGUCAAAUGUGGCCCUGCAUUCCUCCUUGCCCCUUAGCACACUGUCAGGACACACACACACUCAGCAAGGCCAUUGCUCCAUGCCCUCCUCAAGUGCUUUUGACUGGCUUGGCUGCCCUUGAACUGUCAUUCAGUUUGCUUUGACAAAUGAUGGAGGGAAUUCCAGCGGUGAGUAAAAUUCAUCUGGCUGGAACGUGCCCUACCAUACAAAAAUAAAUAAUAACUUCCUCCAUCCACUCUUGCCUUCCACCUCUCCUGUAUGACAUGCAGCCACCCUUGGAAAGGUCGCCCAUCAGAAAAUACGACCCUAAAGUUGGAAAAGUUCCCCCAGUCCCCAGACUUACGCUCGCCCCAGGUAUCCAGCACAAUUCAGAUGAGUGAUGAGGCCUUGAAGGCUCACAGAUCAGAUUAAGUAUGCAGCUUGCUUAAGCAGAGAGUCUAGGAACUGCAGCAUGAACUACAGAAUAUACAGUGGUACCUUGGGUUACAUACGCUUCAAGUUACAGACGCUUCAGGUUACAGACUCCGCUAACCCAGAAAUAGUACCUUGGGUUAAGAACUUUGCUUCAGGAUGAGAACAGAAAUCGUGCUCCGGCGGCAGGAAGCCCCAUUAGCUGAAGUGGUGCUUCAGGUUAAGAACGGACCUCCGGAACGAAUUAAGUACCGUAUUUUUUGCUCUAUAAGACUCACUUUUCCCUCCUAAAAAGUAAGGGGAAAUGUGUGUGCGUCUUAUGGAGCGAAUGCAGGCUGCGCAGCUAUCCCAGAAGCCAGAACAGCAAGAGGGAUCGCUGCUUUCGCUUCGCAGCGAUCCCUCUUGCUGUUCUGGCUUCUGGGAUUCAGAAUAUUUUUUUUCUUGUUUUCCUCCUCCAAAAACUAGGUGCGUCUUGUGGUCUGGUGCGUCUUAUAGAGCGAAAAAUGCGGUACUUAACCCGAGGUACCACUGUAAUCUCACAUGUCAAAUUUAUAGAAGUCCAGCUUUCCUGCAUUUUAAAAUGCCUAGCCUCCAUGAAAAAGUUGCCGGUCUCUGCUAAAGGCGAAGGUGGCAAGGAGAUUCACUGGUAGGGAAAUUGGACUCUUCUGCAUGUUUUAGUUAGUUAAUUCACCACUUCAUGCGUCAACAGGAAUCACUACGCAGUUUACAUAGCAUGACUGUCUCCCUCCCUCCCUUCCUAGGGACCCCAAGAUAUCCAACCUGCUGCUUCAGGCUCAGUAUCCGGUGCUGGCUGUGGAUGGCUCCAUGCCCAUGGUGGACGUCUUCACCGGCAGCAAAAAGGGGAGCCUGAAGGUCAUUCUGGCCAUGGGCUCCGCGGAGCAGAUCGCGGCACUGCAGAGGCUCAAAAACGAGGAAGGAAUGGCACCUCCUGUUGCAAUGCGCCCUCCACAUGCUCUGGACUCUCUUGCCAUGCCUCUUCCAAAGGUAUUUCCAUCAAACAUAUCUUUGUGUUUGCUGAGGCUGCCCCCCAAAUUAGCACUUUUUCCGCCUAGAGCAGGCAUAGGCAAACUCGGCCCUCCAGAUGUUUUGGGACUACAACUCCCAUCAUUCCUGGCCACUGGUCCUGUUAGCUAGGGAUGAUGGGAGUUGUAGUCCCAAAACAUCUGGAGGGCCAAGUUUGCCUGUGCCUGGCCUAGAGACCCACCAGAGACCGCACCUGGCUGUGUCUCCAAGAGCUUUUUCCUUGGGGUGGUGUUGAUGGGGAAGGAGUGUAGAACAUUUAAAGUGUGUGUGUGUGUGUUGUGUUUAUAUGUCAGUGACUGUCUUACAGGUGUGGCAAACCUGCGGUAUACCUGUGAGAUCACUAUACCAAAUAUACACCCACUCAACCACUUUAGUUUGCAGAACUGAGGUUGUUGCAAGUGCCACACAAAAUCACCCCGCAUUUGUGAGCAAUCAGUCUUUUGGUGCAAUAGCAUCUACUCUCUGGAACUCCCUGCCUCAGGGAAUAAGUCAGGUGCCUUUGCGGUACCUCUCUUGGGCACGUUUUGAACCUUUGUGUUCAGACAAUCCUACCCAGAUGUUUAGAAAACUGAAGCGAGCUUUAAUGGUUUCAAAUAUUGUUGUUUGUUCUUUUCAUUACCUUCUUUUCGUAAGCCGCUUUGAGGUUUUGUUUUGCUUUCACAGUCAGCUGGUGUAUAAUUUUUAUGAAAUAAAUAAUGAUGGUGGUUUAUUACCCCAACCCUAAUCUGCGGGUUGCCAUCUGAUUGUAUUUUAUUCUAAUCCUGAUCUGAUUUUAGGAUGUAUUUUAAUUGAUUGCCUGAUCUUAUGUUGGUUUAUACAUUUGAUGUUAGCCGCUCUCAGCCCAGUUUUGGCCGGGGAGGGCGGGGUAUAAAUUAUUAUUAUUAUUAUUAUUACCUGCCCAGAACAUGCUGAGAUUGGGCAUUUUGUUCACCAGAGAUGGGGACUCUCCCCCCACAGGGAUUCCCCUCUUUCACAGGGAUUCCAUUUUGUCUAUUAUUUAGCAGUCAGGCAGAGAAAAGGAAGGGAUGAUGGAGCACAUUUUUGAGAUCCACAUUGAGAGCGUCAAAGGGCUCACUCCCCUCCAGUCCACAGUCUGGGGAGAGGCUGACUGUUACGUGCAAUACUACUUUCCCGUUCAGAAGUCGGAGUCUGACGUACUGCAUGGGACAGAGUUCUGUGAGAAUGGUAAGUGCUGUUUGUCGAUCAUGAUAUUCUGGGUGCUCUUCCCAACUUCUGAACCGAACUGGCUAGAGUGCCAUGGUGAUGGACAAAUACGUAUUUGAGCUUCCAAAAUGAAACAAGGCUGCUCAUCUAUAAUAGGACCAGCAGUGGCUUGCUUGCCAGGGCUUUGCUCUCACUGAUGGUGACUGGUUUUACACUCAGGGCACCUGCCUCCUCUCCUGUUUGGAGGGUAAUUGGACAGGAUUGGAGCAUGGAACCUCUUCCUGGCUAGCUUGCACAUGAGAAUGUUGCCAGAAAACUGAGUUAUCGCCUGCUGGCCUCCCCAGGGUGCAGAGCUCCCACAUCCGAUAUACUGUAUGUUCCGCUGCUCUACCCCUUCAGCUGAAUGUAGAAAGUAAGUGGCCAAGAGACAGGAAGUGACAGCUGCAAGGAUCCCAACCUGCUGAACGUCAUUGUCAGCUCGAGUCAACGUGAUGGAUGAGCAAGGGCCCACAAACAUGCCAGACUGAGCUUAGAAACUGGCAACUGGGAGUGGCCGCCGAGACCACAUAACACCGGUCUUGAAAGACCUACACUGGCUCCCAGUACGUUUCCGAUCACAAUUCAAAGUAUUGGUGCUGACCUUUAAAGCCCUAAACGGCCUCCGCUCAGUAGACCGGAAGGAGCGUCUCCACCCGCAUCGUUCUGCCCGGACACUGAGGUCCAGCUCCGAGGGCCUUCUGGCGGUUCCCUCGCUGCAAGAAGCCAAGUUACGGGGAACCAGGCAGAGGGCCUUCUUGGUAGUGGCACCCGCCCUGUGGAACGCCCUCCCACCAGAUGUCAAGGAAAUAAACAACUAUCUGACUUUUAGAAGACAUCUGAAAGCAGCCCUGUUUAGGGAAGCUUUUAAUGUUUAAUGCUGUAUUGUGUUUUUAAUAUUCCAUUGGAAGCCGCCCAGAGUGGCUGGAGAAACCCAGCCAGAUGGGCGGGAUAUAAAUAAUAAAUUAUUAUUAUUAUUAUUAUUUAUUAGACACGGGUGGCACUGUGGUCCAAACCACAGAGCCUAGGGCUUGCCGAUCAGAAGGUCAGCGGUUCGAAUCCCUGCGACGGGGUGAGCUCCCGUUGCUCGGUCCCUGCUCCUGCCAACCUAGCAGUUCGAAAGCACGUCAAAGUGCAAGUAGAUAAAUAGGUACCGCUCCGGCAGGAAGGUAAACAGCGUUUCCAUGCACUGCUCUGGUUUGCCAGAAGCGACUUAGUCCUGCUGGCCACAUGACCUGGAAGCUGUACGCCGGCUCCCUCGGCCAGUAAAGCGAGAUGAGCGCCGCAACCCCAGAGUCGGUCACAACUGGACCUAAUCGUCAGGGGUCCCCUUUAUCUUUACUUUAUUAUUAUUAUUAUUAGUAGUAGUAGUAUUGAAACAAGCUAGAACCCAAUAUCAAUGCCCAAAGACAGGCCUAACGUGAAUGACGGCUGUAGGAGCAGCCUUGGGUCCUCUUGGCUAAUGAGUGGGCUUGGGUCAGUGUUGGGUGGCACAUGGGUCCUUGUCCCUUGCAUCACAGGUCUUUUCUGGCUUUGCUUUACCUCCUCAGGCCUUGUGUUAAAGCCUUUCCGCUCGACAACCACCUUGUGCGUCCCUGACCCCAACUUUGGCGACCAGCGUCAUCACUCCUUGAUGGUCCCUGCUGAUGUCCCUGUCCAAAGGCUGCUGCUCAGCUCUUUCUCUGCCCAGGGCUUAGGAGGAGGAGGAGGGAUCCAGUUUGAAAUCUGGUGCAGGUAUUUCUUCUGGUGUCCCUUGCCAUCCCUACAAUGCCCCUUCUUAGCAGCACUCGCAGCCAAGGCAAACACCCACCUCUCCUUUCUGCUGGCAUCAAGCCGUGGUUAGGCCUUGGCCCAGUAGACCUAAGGAGCAUCUCCACCUCCAUCGUUCUGCCUGGACACUGAGGUCCAGCGCUGAGGGCCUUCUGGCGGUUCCUUUGCUGUGAGAAGUCAAGUUACGGGGAACCAGGCAGAGGGCCUUCUCGGUAGUGGCGCCCGCCCUGUGGAACGCCCUCCCACCAGAUGUCAAAGAGAACAACAACUACCAAACUUUUAGAAGACAUCUGAAGGCAGCCCUCUUUAGGGAAGCUUUUAAUGUUUAAUAGGUUAUUGUAUUUUAGUGUUUUGUUGGAAGCUGCCCAGAGUGGCUGGGGAAACUCAGCCAGAUCGGCGGGGUAUAAGUAAUAAUAAUUAUUAUUAUUAUUAGAUGACCAUGCGAAGGAUCCUCCUCAAAGCGGGGCACAGAAAGUCCUAAAAGAAUGAGUCCUCUGUACCUGAGCUCUUCACUCUCAGAAUUAUCCCUUUCAGACUCAUUUCUUUGAGCCUGUAACAAAACCUUAAGAGUUUGCAUGCAACUGGGCCAGGUGAUGAGAGAGGCCCUUUCCCCCUGAGACCCUGGAGAGCGGCUGCCAGUCAGACCAGGCAGCCUUGCUUUAGAUGGACAAGGAGUAUGACCUGGCAUAAGCCAGCUUCCUAUGACUGGGGCUGUUGGGAUACAGUACAUGGCUGCAUUUGGCUUGGUGGGCCACAUGAUGCUGGCCUAGCAGGGUCCUCUUUGCAUUCAAAAGGGUUUACCCCUAACGUUUACUUCUCUUCUUGUAGGUAUUACUACCCCAACGUCCGAGACCAGAUGGUAGCCAGGGGGACCUUGCCGCUGUCCCGCCUGUGUGCCAUGGUGACCAUGCAGUACCGAGAGGACGUGGGCAUCCAGACCUUCAGUCUACCCUUAAUCCCAAGGACUGAGAGUACAGGGGAACCCCAUCCCCAUUCCUCAGGUAACAGAAGACAUUGGCCCAGAGCAAGUCUGGAGUUUGGUCAGGUUUUACUGUACCAGAGUGUAAGGCAUAAUUUUUCACGACUUUAAAUAAAUUUUACCUUCCUGGUGGUGGUGGUGGUGGUGAUGAUUGAUUGAUUGAUUGAUUGAUUUAUACCCCGCCCAUCUGGCUGGGUUUCCCCAGCCACUCUGGGCGGCUUCCAACAAAACACUAAAAUACAAUAACCUGUACUGGAGGGCUCAGUCCCAUUUUACAGGUGAAAAGCAGGGCAGAACUUCAUAUAUUAGCAGACAGGUUUGGAGAUUAACAGUAAAACAGGGGUGGGGUGUGUAUGUAUGUGUAAGGUAGAUCAAGUGGAGGCAGGAAGGCUUCGUUUUUCUCUCGACCUCCAGUUUUUUCUCACAGCUGAGCUAAUUUUGGUCUUAUCUGGGGAAGGGGGGAAACAGGCCCAGGGUAGAGGGGUUGAGAGAAUUGGUGCAAGAAGGACCAAUUGGUUAUACAGCCUCUCCUGAAAUCCUCCCCACCACCACCACACACACAUUGGAAUUAGAAGGCAAACAUGGUAUUGGGGAACCUUGUGUUUGCCUUAUAAUGUCAGGUCCCACCCUGAGGCUAAGAAAGAGCAUCUUGCAUUCUGUCCGCCAUAUUCUGUUUCUACCUUCCUUAAAGGUAAAGGUACCCCUGACCAUUAGGUCCAGUCACAGACGACUCUGGGGUUUCGGCGCUCACCUCACUUUACUGGCCGAGGGAACCGGCGUACAGCUUCUGGGUCAUGUGGCCAGCAUGACUAAGCCGCUUCUGGCGAACCAGAGUAGCGCACGGAAACGCCGUUUACAUUCCCGCUGGAAUGUACCUAUUUAUCUACUUGCACAUGACGUGCUUUCGAACUGCUAGGUUGGCAGGAGCUAGGACCAAACAAUGGGAGCUCACCCCGUCGCUGGGAUUCGAACCGCCAACCUUCUGAUCGGCAAACUCUAGGCUCUGUGGUUUAGACCACAGCGCCACCUGUGUCCCCUUUCUACCUUCCUUAGAUUCCUCCAAGUAUUAACCUUCAUGUGGUUGACGAGAAGGACCGGAGCGUCUGUUUUCAGGAAGAUCUUCAGCUGUGACUUCUUGUCAUAUCAGCCACGUGCAGACCUUGCCCGCAGUUUCAGCAACGGAAAGCUUAAAUAUGUAUUUCUUUCUCCUCCCCUUUUCCCCAGGUUUUCUUGAUGUGAGCGUAAAAUACAGGCGCUCCCUGAAAGCGACGGAAGGCAUCCUGGCAGCUCAAGCAGUUUCUAUUUCUGUUCAGAUACACUUUGCAGCCGGUUUGCAGGCAGCAGCCAGGUAAGCGCACAGCCCAAGAGAGUGUUGCUGCCAGUCAGAGCUGUCUGCCCUAGGCUAGAUGGUCCAGAUAGUUUGUAUUAGGGCAGCCAUCCUGCUUUCCUGCCCCUAUUAAAUACGGCAACGCACAAUCAACACAUACCCAUGUGCUUGCCUGUCUAAUUUUUUUGUAAUCGCUCCUUAUAUGCGUCUCUGGGAUAUUUUCUUCUCUUUGCUAAGAGCUGUGGCAGAAAAGAACCCUUCGCUCCAAUGCAGUGCAGAAGUUGGAGUGAACGCGUACGUCUCCGUGCACCUGCCCUUCCUCCCCGAAUCUGAGAGGCGCAACACCCGAGCCGUGGCUCGCACUUUCUGCCCAGAAUUCGAGCACCACACAGAGUUCCCGUGCAACCUCGUGGUCCAGAGAAGCAGUGGAGAAGCCUGUUCCCUGGGGGAGCUGUUGCAGAUUUCGGAGAUAGUCUUUUCCGUCUUUCACAAGAGCCUGAACUCAGGUAUGUAAAAUACACGCGGGCAGCCCAUACUUUUGCUGUGCCGGUGACAGAACCUGCAUCACGCCAUCACUCUGAGCUGGGUGGGCAAGGGGAGUGGACCCAGCAAGCUACCAAUGAAGGAUCACUUAGGUUGCAAACCCACCCAGCACUCCCACCUGCUCUUUUACACAGCAUCCAUCAACUUCCAUCAAAUUUGUGCAAGAGACAUUUCCAGCACUGGCACAGCAAGGGCUUAGAUGGUGCUCUGGCAGCAAGCACCAGCUCUUUCUAGCCAUCCAGCUGCUAUAUUCUGUAUUUUUAAAGUACAACACAUUGGCUUUAAACCGUCAGCAGCUGGCAGCCUUUGGGACUGGUCCAGUGAUUGCCUUCAAGCUUAUAGCCAGCAAACAGUCCAUUUACUGGGGCCCCUCAAUUUCUAUUACAAAGGGAUCAAUAAGUGCUUCAUUUCCUGGAUUUGUAUGUAGCUUUCCUAGACUAAAUCACUUGAGCUCCUUGCUUUCAUGCUUUUGAGUUUGUGUUCUGAUGAAACAGAGGCCAUGAUGGUUGUGGUGGUGAUGGCAUUAUCAUUAUUAUUACUAUUAAUAUUAGUAUUAUUUAUAUGCCACCCAUCUAGCUAGGUUGCCAGUUAUUCUUUGUACACCAGGAAUGAGGAAGCAGUGGUAGAUUAGCACCCAAUGACAGAACAAGGAAUUACCCUUCAUAGAAUGAACAACCACUGACCAUAGAGAAUUGCCCCACAGUCAAUUGCGGCAAACAUGCCCAGUUCCAAGGGAUAACAGCUGAAAUCGUUUCACAUAAAUAAGCAACUAUGUCAGGUAAAGGCAAAAGAUAAAGGACCCCUGGACGUUUAAGUCCAGUCAAAGGCGACUAUGGGGUUGCGGUGCUCAUCUCACUUCAGGCCGAGGGAGCUGGCGUUUGUCCACAGACAGCUUUUUGGAUCAUGUGGCCAGCAGGACUAAACCCCUUCCAGUGCUGUGGAACACCAGAACACACGGAAACACCGUUUACCUUUCCGCUGCAGUGGUACCUAUUUAUCUACUUGCACUGUGCUAGGUUGGCAGAAGCUGGGACAGAGCAAUGGGAGCUCACCCCAUCGCACGAAUUUGAACCGCCGACCACAGUGGUUUAGACCACAGCGCCACCUGUGUCCCUAAGCAACUAUGUAUGCAGGAGAGGAAAGACAGGAAACCACAUGAAAGAGGAUUCAAAGAACUCCCAGCUGUAGGAAGGACAAUUUUUGCCCACACAGAUCCGGUCUGAUAGAUCCAUCCCCAAAUAAGUCAAUUGCCAGUAGCGCGAGGAUUGCUUUUCCCUUGCACCUUUUCUACACUCGACCGUUUUGAGUACAUUCUGGAUGGAUGAACCAUGAUUUUUUAUUUAUUUCAUAUUUAUGCUAUGUCCUUCGUUUUGAUCUUACAGCACCAUAUGGAACAAAAACCCAGGCUUCGAGGGAUUACCUCCUGGGAACUGCCAAGAUUCCAACCAGAGACCUGUUGAACAGAAGAUCAGGUAAAGAUACCUGUGUUACCCUUGGUGUACGUAACAGAGUCGCUUUUUGAUAGGGAGGUGCUCAGUAAAUGAAAAUGUUCUGCUCCCCCACGCCCACUUUCCAUUGAAAGGUGAUAAUGACACUCUUUUCCUGUGUUCUCUGUGAAAGGUAUUCAAGGCUGGUUCCCAAUAACUCUGCCGGAGGAUCUGGUGCCCUCUCAUUGUGCAAACAUCCUGCAAACCAUAGUUGGAGGCCUGGAGCUUUCUGUCACCUUUGCCCAUCCUGGGGACCGGCAGCGUGUCCUGGAUGCGGCCAAACUUUUAGGCUGGAAUUUGAAGGAAGCCAGCGCUGAGUGCCUGCAGGACGACAGUGAGGGCGAAUGCCAGCCUACUCCAAACACUGCAGCCGUGGCCAUUUCCAUCCCUCGGCUGUGGCUACCAGUGCAGUGUGUGCUACUUGCAGGAGAGACGCACUUAAACAAAAGCGUCCAUUGCUACCUCCGCUAUAAGCUGUAUGACCAAGAAGCCACGUGGACGUCUCUUAGGAGGCCCAAAUUAGCCGAAGACCAGAAGCACGUGACCGUGAGCUUCAAGAAAAGCAAAGAAAUGGAUCUGCCGUUGAGCCAAGCCUUACUGUGGUACUUCAAGGAGGAGAGGCUGGAGGUCCAGGCGUGGCGAGCCUAUGGGAACGAGAGCAACACUGAGAGGCCGCUGGAUACCGAUCGACUGAUUGGGUCGGCCUACGUGGACCUUGCUGCGCUCAGGGAGAGCUCAAGGGGGAAAAGGACAGUUAGUGGUAUGUUCACUAGCAGCUUAAAAAACGUUGGGCAGAUUUGGGGCUCAAUCCAUCAAUUGCCAUCCAACCCGUAGUCUUUGCAUUCUCCUUUUUAACCCCAUCACCAAGCAAUGAUUGUAACAGCCGUGCCCCUAUUGGCAUAUUUAUGCGACACCCACUUACCAUAUGGAGUUUGCUACCAACAGGCGUGCUCUGGUCCAUGGGGUCACGAAGAGUCGGACACGACAAAACGACUAAACAACAACAACCAAGAGAUGUGGUGGUGGCUGCCACUACAGAUGGCUUUCAAAAAGUAUGGGGGCAAUUUCUUGAAGGAGAGGUCUAGCGCUGUCCAUGGGACGCAGGAAAUAACUUCCCAUGUUCAGAGUCACAUACAGUGGUACCCCGGGUUAAGUACUUAAUUCGUUCCAGAGGUCCGUUCUUAACCUGAAAUUGUUCUUAACCUGAAGCACCACUUUAGCUAAUGGGGCCUCCUGCUGCCGCCGCGCCACCGGAGCACAAUUUCUCUUCUCAUCCUGAAGCAAAGUUCUUAACCCGAGGUACUAUUUCUGGGUUAGCGGAGUCUGUAACCUGAAGCGUCUGUAACCCGAGGUACCACUGUACUUUCGAUCACCUGGUGCUGGGGGCCAACAGGGAUGCCUGGCUCCAGCCUAGGUGGAAAGGGACGCUGCCCACACUUUUCCGCCUGAGCAGGAGUGGGAGGCAACAAAUGAAUGAAUUAAAUAAUAAUUGUUGUUGUUUAGUCAUGUCCGACUCUUCGUGACGACAACAACAACAACAACAAUAAUAAUAAUAAUAACUUUUAUUUAUACCCCGCCCUCCCCAGCCAAGACCGGGCUCAGGGCGGCUGACACCCAAUAUAAAAACAAAUUGAUUGAAAUACAACUUAAAAGCAAGAUUAAAAUACAAUAUUAAAAUACAGCUUCAUUUCAAUGGAAACUCAAAUCAAAAACGUUUUUGGGGGAUGAAAACGUCAAGUCUUCACCAAGGCUAACUUUCCAGACUGGUCCUACAUGGGCCAGAAAAAAGCCAGGGGAGUCCCCAAAUAGGAGUUCCAUCGCAGGAGGGGAAAGGAAAAAAGAAGAGGGGGGAGGGAAUCAAAUUGAUUCCAAGCCGAAGGCCAGGCGGAACAACUGUGUCUUACAGGCCCUGUGGAAAGAAAUCAGAUCCCGCAGGGCCCUGGUCCCAUGAGACAGAGCGUUCCACCAGGCCGGAGCCAGUGCUGAAAAGGCCCUGGCUCUGGUUGAGGCUAAUCUGACUUCCUUAGGGCCCGGGACCUCUAGUGUGUUGCUAUUUAUGGGCCUUCAGGUCCUCCAUGGGGCAUACCGGGAGAGUUUUUUUAAUACCAGCAAGAUCUCAGAGGAGAUUACAGAACCAGACACUUGGCCCCCAGCCUCUCUUCUGCUUCUUGAAAUGUGCCUUCUCCCAUCAUUGCAGGUGUCUUCCCCUUGUUCCGGCGCAAUUCUUCAAACUUGUUGGGAGCCGCCAUGCGAGUCCACAUUGUGGCGGCUCCCAAAAGCCCCUCCAGACCUGAUGUUUCCGAAGAUGGCAGCAGUGGCAUCAGUGACCACGAGGAAAGGCGGAAGGAGCCCGAGCAAGAUUUGAAACCCGAUCAGACCUCCGUUGUGGAAACCCUCAGCGAGAAACCAUCCAAGGAGUCUCCCCACACAGUGGGUCAGGAGCAGACGUUUGCCGUCAGCAUCCUUGUGGAAAGGGCUAUGCACUUGAGCUUAAAAGGUGAGUCAAACUCUGGGCUCCCUGGGGUCUAGGUUGAAAUCCCACAAAUGGGACAUAAAGGCGGUGUUCUGUUGUUACUUGUUUGCUUGGGUUUAUAUUCACCUUUAAAAACACUAGGAGGAAUUGAACAAGGUGAUUGUUUUGUCAAGGCAAACAUUUCAGUUUUCCAGACAAAAUGAUUCCCCCCUCUUCUCUCCCUGCACUGUUCCAGAAUUUAUACCAUCCCGAGCCAGUGUCAGAGGGAGGAGAGUUGAGGAAAACCGCCCCACUUCACGAGUGGAGGUCCCUACACUGUGCUUCUGCUUACGGGACACAUUACAGUGGUACCUCGAGUUACAUACACUUCAGGUUACAGACUCCGCUAACCCAGAAAUAGUAUCUCGGGUUAAGAACUUUGCUUCAGGAUGAGAACAGAAAUCGUGCUCCUGCGGCGCAGCAGCAGCAGGAGGCCCCAUUAGCUAAAGUGGUGCUUCAGGUUAAGAACAGUUUCAGGUUAAGAACGGACCUCUGGAACAAAUUAAGUACUUAACCUGAGGUACCACUGUAGUUGAAUUCCACCCAUUAUCAGGGUGACGACAAUUAAACAUUGGAAACAGCAUAAACAACUAAUCUGUUACAUGAGCACAUCCGGUUCAUCCUAAGAACUGUUCCCAGUGCGUGCAUUUUUAAAAUGAAAAGGUGCAGUCUGCUCCCAGGAAAUUAUUCACGCUGUAAUAAGUCUUCAUUAAGGAGAAAGUUCUGUGUAAAAUAAUGAUUUUUCCUUCUGUUAGUGUCUUUUUAGGUUGUAAGAAAGAGCUCAAUGUUUGCUGCUGAUGUUAUUGAUCUUAUACAUAAGCUGCUUCAGAAAGGAUUUUGGAGUGAAUAGCUUGGAGGGCAGGGGGAUAAAUAAAUAAGUGAGCAAUUUAAUUAUGUUUGCAUGUUAACCACUUGUAGUCAUAAUGGAAUUCUUGCAUUAUAUGCCCAGCCCUUUUAGACAGAGGUUGUUAUGAACUCCUAUCCCUUUAUGAUAAUCAUAAAGUACUGGAAAACUUCAAAAAGAUAUCGGUAACAGGAGUUUGGGCGGAAGUGUUCUGGAAGGGAAUUUGCCAUUCGAAAGAACUGCCAUCAACAUGCCCUUUAUCCUGAUCUUGAUUUGGGCAGCCUUGGGCUCCGCAUCACCACCUUCCCUGGAAAGUUUCCUGGGAUUCAUGUUCCACAUUGUUUCUGUCUCUGAAACGGCAUUGGGGCUCUUCCCAGAGGGCGACCUUGUUGUUCUGCGGAUGCACAGCAGCGACUUUGUGCUGAGCAAACUAGGUCAAGCCAAUUAAACGAUUAGCUAAUCUCUAUUCUCACAGGCUUCUUCCCAUGCUUUUGAGAUAAACAGUCCCAGGUUGGGGGGCUGGUAAGCUCUAGUCCUGCUCCAGCCAUGAAAGAGAUUAUAGUAAUCGGGGGGAGGAGCCUUUUAUUUGUCCAUUCUCUUGCACCAAAGAACCCUCGGUCUCUCUUUGGCAGUUCCUAAAGGCCUGUCUUCUGUAUUAUAUUGCAAGCGUUUCUAAAUGUUCAGCAAAUUCUAUAUUUGCACUUUCCCCCUGCAUUUCCCCCUUGCUGUAAGACAAUGGGCCUUAUAAAGACCUAUCACCCAGAACAUUCAUCUUAUUUAUUUAUUUAUUUAUUUAUUUCCCUCCCUCCCACCCAUCUGGCUGGUUUCCCCAGUCCCUCUGGGUGGAUUACAGCAUAUCUAAAAACUUCCUUAAACAGGGCUGCCUUCAGGUGUCUUCUGUAAUUCUUUAUCUGCUUGACAUCUGAAAGAAGGGCAUUCCACAGGGAGGGCGCCACUACCAAGAAGGCCCUCUGCCUGGUUCCCUGUAACUUCGCAUCUCGCAGCAAAAGACCCUCGGAGGAGGACCUCAGAGUCUGGGCUGAGCGAUGGGGGUGGAGAUGCUCCUUUGGGUCUCCUGGGCCAAGUCCGUUUAGGACUUUCAAGUUCACCACCAACGCUUUGAAUUGUGCUUGGAUACCGCCCUGCUUCUCCCAAGAUUGCUUAUUGUCCAAACAGGCCUGUGUAUGAGCACGUGAGCGAUGGGGCUUUGGUGCCCUCAGCCUCCUGCUUCUCGUUCGCAUUGCCAGUUGCAAGGCUGUGCUUGCCUGCCUGGCAGGCUCACAGGAACCCGGGAUCAUGGAGUCAUUCCCCCAGAACCAUCUGGAAGUGCCCUUUCCUUUGGCCUCACGGAUUGUGGCUCUUCUGGGGAGAGCCUGCAUUCCGUGGUACCUCCCAAAGUUUCCUCCUUUCUCAUAACUUCAGACCAAAUCAACAUCAGCCCAACUUGUCUUUCAGGGAGUCCUCUCACUGAACGUGGGGUCGUGGCACCCAGUAGCUACGUGUCCUUUGUCGCUGCCGAUGCCGAUAAUCCCGUUGCCACGGAAAUAGUUGAAAAUUCCGACUCACCUGUUUGGGACUUUCAGCAGCAGACCAGGUAUGCAAUGUGAGCCUUUAACAAAUGGGAAUCUCAGAAGCCCCACCAUCUGCUACGCAGACAAUCAAUUGGAAUAGCAGGCUUCCUACACAGGGAAGGAUUUCUCCAGUCAAAGCAACAGAAAUGCAUGUUACACAUUUGGGGUUUUUUGUUUGUUUGUGUGCUUACAAUCACACAGUUUUAGGAAAUCAAUUAACCCUGAACAAGAACACUCCAGUUAGGAGGCAAAAAUGCACUGCAAGUACCAAUUAGGAGCAGUAGUAUCUAUAUAGCACCACCCAACAGAAUGGUGCUUUAGAGAGAGAAUCUUUUGCCCCAAAGAACUUGCAAUCUAAAUCUUUCCGCAGUUAUGACAAUAAUAGGGAGGGGGUAGAAUAAGUUAGGUUUAAUUUUGCUCAAGGAUGAGGAUUAAGAGGUUAUAAGGGGACGCAGGUGGCACUGUGGCCUAAACCACUGAGCCUCUUGGGCUUGCCAAUCAGAAGGUAGGCAUUUCAAAUCCCUGCGAUGGGGUGAGCUCCCAUUGCUCUGUCCCAGCUCCUGCCAACCCAGCAGUUCUAAAGCACGCCAUUGCAAGUAGAUAAAUAGGUACCACUGUGGCAGGAAGGUAAAUGGUGUUUCUGUGCGCUCUGGUUUCCAUCACGGUGUCCUGUUGCACCGGAAGCGGUUUAGUCCUGCUGCCCACAUGACCCAGAAAGCUGUCUGUGGAUGAACGCCAGCUCCCUCAGCCUAUAAGCGAGAUGAGCAUUGCAACCCCAUAGUUGCCUUUGACUGGACUUAACCAUCCAGGGUUCCUUUACCUUUACCUUCUAAGCAAAAGCCAGAAGUGUCAAAAUGUACACACCAGUUUUCAGGCGCAUGGUGAAAUGCUGCCACCCAUGCCUACCUAUUCACACAUACCCCCAUAUGUAUUUGGGAAGCGGCUAUAGCUCAGUGGUUAGAGCAGCAGCUGCCUUGCCUGCGGAAGGUCCCAGCUCCAAUCCCUGGCAUCUCCAUGCCAGGCUGCGAAAGACUCAUGCCUGAAACCCCGAAGAGUGGCUGCCAGUGUAGGCAGCACUGGGCAAGAUGGGCCAAUGGUCUGACUCAGUAUAGGGCAGUGUCAGGUUUGCAGGUGGUUGCUCGCGAGUAAACAGCCAGGACUCCAACCUGUCUUUUACAGGUUUUAUUUAGUACAAACUAUGUACAGUGCAGAAACCCAAAGCUCAUGUCUGUCUCAGUCACUUCCGGGAGUGGCCCCUUCUGGUUUCUCCCCCAACAUAAGAACUUGGACACCCCAAAUCUCCGCCUCCCCUCCCUCCGUUUCAUCCCUCUGCGAAAACUGGGCGACGGAAGCGGCAUGUAAGCGAAGCGCUUGGGCUCACAGUAGCAUCUGUGAGCCUUUCCCUCACCUCGCCCCUCCUUUCCCCCUCUGCUUCACUGGAGGCGUAGCUCUCUCCACUUCCUGAUGAAGAGCUACUUCUGAGCAACGUCGGAGGCUCCCUGUAUUCUUGUGCCCCCCUUCCCCCUUUCGAUGGCAGUCUCCUGACCGGCAGCUUCCUAAGUUCCUAUGUUCUCAUGCCUCAGGGAGAGUUUUCCAUAUGAUAUGUCACUUGAAUUUCAGAAAUGUUUCAUCCGACCAUGAUAAAGGUGCAUUUCUGACUUUUUCUUCUUCUUGACAGACUCUCCAAAGAGCUUCUGUUGGAUCCUCAGCAAACUCUGGUCUUUAAAGUGUGGCACAAAGCAGGUAUUAUUGUCCAAAUGCAGUUACUGUAUAGCCAACAACCCCCAAGUUCUAUACCAAGGGGAACCGUUACUAAAGCGCCUUACGCAGCUGGGGACCAGGAAGCCUUUUCAUUUCACUUGUGUGGACUGACGAGCUCUUUCCAACUAAACUAAUGGUAAAGGGCUUGGACCUAACUUGGGAGGCCGUUUUCAUGUAUGUGUUCUAAGUAGGAAGGAAGUGCUACAUGCGUCCAGAAGACACAUGUAUUGGAUGCUUUGGAUCGUGCCCAGAAGCAAAUAGGUAUAGGACAGGAGUGGUAGGAUCCUGUAAGCCAGCACCCACAGCAUCCUCACUGCUGCAUUCAGGACUACAGUGGUACCUCUGGUUGCAAACAUGAAAAGCUCGCAACCUGAAGCGCCGUAUCUGCACAGGUGCGUGGCGCGAUUUGGCGCUUCUGCGCAUGCACAAGUGGUGAAACCCGGAAGUAACCCCUUCCGGUACUUCCAGGUCACCGCGGAACGCAACCUGAAAAAACGUAUCAUGAAGCAAACAUAACAUGAGUUAUGAAUGUAGUUGCUGCUUCCAAAGACUCUUCGAAGGUAGAUGCAAGGAAGGCAUGUGUCACUGUGGUCAGGUCUGCCCUUACCAGAAAUGGGCCCACCAGCCUAAGUUAGGCAAUGCGCUCCUGGCCACAACUGUCAUCCGAGAGAUAGGCAUGCAGGGAUUUUCAUCAGUCACUCCCCGCCAAGUCUGGAUUAAAUAAAACAAAGCCAAAUCAAGUUUCUAGUUCUUAAGACAGUGACUCCAAAUGCCCCAUGAGGCAGGGUCCUCUUAUUCCCUUCAUGGCUCUCCAACCUUUCCCCGCGGCCUUAAUGUGUGCAGCUCUUGCCCACGACUGCAUCUGUUCCUUCCAGGUUCUCCCACUCCCAACAAUCUCAGGUUCUGCCUCAUCUCAGAUAUUGGGGUCUGGCAACUGCACGCAGGUCUGUGCGCUUCGAGAAAAGAAUUUGAACUCCCUCGGGGCUUUGCUCCAGAAUGCCAAAAUCCGCUUGCAGGAGAUAAUCCAAACAGUGGUUACUUUUGUGUUUGCCAGAAGGAAUGGCUGUUUCUUGUUUGCACCGGCAUCCGUGCAGGGAAGGGAAAAAACAGACAGAUUGUUUCAAAGGAAAACUGCAGCAAGUCUCCUUUCAAUCUCCUUGAAUAUUCAGAGGCCAGUUGGCGAUGGGCAGAGAGAGAAGAACGUACAGUAUACAAACAGCCCUAAUUUGGGGGCUGCAUUCAGACAGCCUUGGAGCCUGUUUGUUUCCUUCCCCGCUUGGGGGCACUCAGGUGAUUUCUUUUCCAAAGUCUUUCCCACCCAAGAGAUGGUUAUGUUGGAUAUAUUUAUUCACCCUUUUUAUCCAGGUAUUUUAGAAGUGUGUUCCCCCAGCGCCAGUAGCAAGGCUCAGGAUCAUGGGGGGGUGAAGUUGUGCUCUUUCCUCUGGGACAUGAACGGAUGCCACAGCCAGGGGCAGAACGUCGGGCAGUGUGAAAUUCCACACAGGAAGAUUUCACUCGGAAUGCCUUCCUCCGCAGAGAGUGUGUGCUUAAGGCUGUGGGCGACUGUGCAAAAUGCUUUUUAGCUUAGGAAAAAUUGGGGGGGGGGAGCAUGAUAGAGGUGCGUAAAAUCAUACACGAUGCAGAUAAAAGUGGAUAGAGGUGUUUUCUCCUGCUUGCAUAAUGCUCAAGCCCGGGGGCAUCCAGUGAAGAUCAGUGGUGGGAGAUUCAGGAAAACUUUCUUUGCACAGUGCAUAACUAAUACAGUGGUACCUCGGGUUAAGUACUUAAUUUGUUCCGGAGGUCCGUUCUUAACCUGAAACUGUUCUUAACCUGAAGCACCACUUUAGCUAAUGGGGCCUCCUGCUGCUGCCGUGCCGCCGGAGCACGAUUUCUGUUCUCAGGCUGAAGCAAAGUUCUUAACUCGAGGUACUAUUUCUGGGUUGACGGAGUCUGUAACCUGAAGCGUAUGUAACCCGAGGUACCACUGUAUUGGAAUUUGCGACCUAAAGAUGCAGUGUUGGCCACCAACUUGGAUGGCUUUAAAAGCGGGUCAGACAAAUUCAUGGAGGAAUUCAAAGUCGUCAGUGGCUGCUGGUCAUGAUGGCUGUGUACUUAACCUCUGGCAUCAGAGAAGGGUGUGACUGCACUCAUGUUCCCCAUGUGAGCUUCCCAGGCACACCUGGUUGGCCACUCUGAGAACAAGAAGGUAUACUGUAGCUCAGGGGUGCCCAAACUUUUUUCAAAGAGGGCCAGAUUUGAUGAAGUGAACGUGUGUGAGGGCUGACCAAAGUUGUUGACCUUUUUUUAGGAUUGAAGUUGUUGAGCCAGAUGUCCAAAAUGGACUUUGGACAUACCCACUGUAGCUAGUUAGGUGUGAAUUUUGGCCAUGUUUUCCUGGCUGACACCUGUGUAUUUUCCACCCUGCCUUCCCUACAGAUGAGAGGCAACCAUUGAUAUGAAAGCCAGUGUGGUGUAGUGGUUAAGAGCGGUAGACUCGUAAUCUGGGGAACCGGGUUCGCUUCCCCGCUCCUCCACCUGCAGCUGCUGGGUGAUCUUGGGCCAGUCACACUUCUUUGAAGUCUCUCAGCCCCACUCACCUCACAGAGUGUUUGUUGUGGGGGAGGAAGGGAAAGGAGAAUGUGAGCCGCUUUGAGACUCCUUGAGUGAUAAAGCGGGAUAUCAAAUCCAAACUCUUCUUCUUCUUUUACAGAUGUUGAACGGGUGAUAGGAUUUGCCUCUGUGGAUCUCUCCCCCCUCCUUUCCGGCUUCCAGUUAGUCUGUGGCUGGUACAACAUCACAGACUUCAGCGGACAGUGUCAGGGGCAGAUCAAAGUCGCCGUUUCCCCCCUCGAAAAUAUAACUCAUCUCAAAGAAGAAAGACAGGCAAGAAGCCAGACCAAAUCUUCAGGAUCAUCAGUAUGUCCAUUUCCCAGUUUCUCAGGUUUCUGACUUCUGGACUGACAGAAUUACUGCAAAUAUUCCAUAUUGGCUGCUUAGGGGUCUUGGGAUGCAGCUGUCAGAAAUAAUACAUGGCCUUUCUCACACUAGCUUGACACAGGUGUUGGGCAAAUAUUAUGAACAAAUUAAAAAAUCUAACCCAAGAGGCCUGUGGUAGUUUUAUCUACAAUCCCCUUUGAUGUUCUGGCUUGUUCAUUCAUUCUGUGAAGGAAAGCUAGAGGGGAAGCUUUCAUUCCAAUGAAAUUGUGGCUUCCAGAGCAGCUACAGCUGCAUGUUGGCUCAGCCCAGGAGAUAUUUCUUCCUUCCAGUUUCCCUCUCUGUUGUGUUGCAGAUUCCAACCACCAGCUCUUUUGCCCUCCAAGCGCAGGACUUGUACACUGCAUUCCCCAGCUUCUCCACAAGAGGCACCAGCGAACAUCAAAAGUCCCCAUUGAAGGGCACUGAUGCCACCAGUCUGGAGAGGUGAGAAGAACGUGGGGGGAACAUGGAGCACACGGAAGAGCAUAUUUAUGGCUCUUCCAUGUGCUCCACGGGAACCUGUUGGAGAGCACCUGUAACAUCACUUCUGACUGAGAACUCAACUGUUCUCCAACCCCUCGGUGCCAAAUCUAUGUGUUUAGCUAGACAUAUUUUAUUUAGUAAAACAGCAAGGUUAUUUCCUGUGUACCAUGUUCCAAAAGAAUAACCAGCAAACUGGGCAGGGGCCAAAGGAGAACCACAAGGAGAAGUCAGAGAUCUGAUAAGAAAAGGCUGAAAGAUCUGCCUGUGUUCAGUCCUGUGUUGACAUCCGCAUGCUGUCAAAGGAGGCCUCUCUAAGUGAAGGGGAUCUUUAAUGAUUUUGAGCAUGGAACUAGGGGGAUGGUUUUUCCAGAGAAAGUAGUGUGGUGUACCGGGCUGUGAUUUUGUGCGUAAGGUGUUUGAAUCUUCAGAAAUGGAGAGAAAGGUGUUAUUGUCCCUUGAGCAAGAGUGGCGGAAGGUGAAGCAUGGAGCAGAGAAUCACUAACAGCGUUUCUUCCUUUAGCAGGACUGGGUCCUUGGGGUCCCAGAUGCCCCGUCAUGAAGAGCACGUGAAGAACAUCCGCCGAUUCCACGAGUCGCUGCAGCAGGCAGAAAGCAGCACGUCCCAGUUGGGAAGGCUGGAUUCCCUUUCCUAUUCCUCACGCACUUCCCUUCUCAGAACUCUCAGGUAAAGCCACGUUGCAGGUGGCAGGACGGCAAAACGCUCUGUGUCAGCAGGAGCUCUGUUGGAAAAUAAUAUGCUAGCUCUUCCCAAAAACCCCUCCGCCCCAAAUCACAGCAAGAUGCUUUGCAGGCUUGCAGAGUGGAGAGGAGGAGCUUAGGAUGUUCCCUGGUUGCAGGCGAGAUGGUCAUUGAUGGAGCUCUCCUCUGUUGCUGAAAGUUGGUGCUUUUGAAUUCCACAUCAGGAGUGCCUGCAGCUGGGUCAGGCCAAAAGCUUGUCUAGUCCCAGCCUUCUGUUUCCCACAGUGGCCAAGCAGAUGCCUCUACAGGAGCCCACAAAGAAGGCCACCUUUCUGCAGGCUUUCUCCACUGUCCGAUAUCCAGGGGCCUCGUGCCUCUGACCCCAGAUCUCCCUUCAGCUGACUCUGGUUGUUCAGUGGCAAGGAGAAGGCAGGUGGCACUCUGCUUUGAAUCCAGGGGGGCCAGAGCUAACUCCUGGCAUUGCAAAAGGGUUCUGGGCAUGUUGUUGUUGUUUAGUCGUUUAGUCGUGUCCGACUCUUCGUGACCCCCUGGACCAGAGCACGCUAGGCACUCCUGUCUUCCACUGCCUCCCGCAGUUUGGUCAAACGCAUGCUGGUAGCUUCGAGAACACUGUCCAACCAUCUCGUCCUCUGUCGGCCCCUUCUCCUUGUGCCCUCCAUCUUUCCCAACAUCAGGGUCUUUUCCAGGGAGUCUUCUCUUCUCAUGAGGUGGCCAAAGUAUUGGAGCCUCAGCUUCAGGAUCUGUCCUUCCAGUGAGCACUCAGGGCUGAUUUCCUUCAGAAUGGAGAGGUUGGAUCUUCUUGCAGUCCAUGGGACUCUCAAGAGUCUCCUCCAGCACCAGAAUUCAAAAGCAUCCAUUCUUCGGCGAUCAGCCUUCUUUAUGGUCCAGCUCUCACUUCCAUACAUCACUACUGGGAAUAGCUGUCAACUUUUCCCUUUUCUUGCGAGGAAUCCUAUUUGGAAUAAGGGAAUUUCCCUUAAAAAAAGGAAAACGUUGACAGCUAUGGUUCUGGGACAUAGCCCCUGUUGAGACCUAACUAGAACUGAGACCCAAGGGCAAAAGGAUUCGCUAAGGAAGUGGAAAAUAAAAUGGAUUUUGACCUACACCUGCUUAUCCUUUGCUGCACAUAAGGCCCUUAUAUGAUAGGGCUCUUCUUCCUCUCUGACUUCUCUUCCCUUCCAGGAAAAACCUUAGUGAGCUGGAUGAGAUUCAGAGGUACUUCGGUCAAAAGCUCACCCAACCUCAUCCCGACUUGGGUUCUCCAUUGAGAAUCACGGACGAUCUGGGUGCCAGUCACCAAAGCCCCGCCUCCAUGGUGGCCGAUUCGGAAGGACGCCAUCUGCUGGAGAAAUCCAGUCACCUGGUUUCUCAAGUCAGCAGCCUGAUUGCUGGUGAGAUGUCGGAACUGGGGGUGGGGGGUGGCAGUGGUGGGAGGAGGGGAGGUUGCAGCUUGACGGGCAGAGAGGAGAAGACCACUUCAGGCAAAUGGAAAAGCCUGGCAGAAGGCUCAGAGGAGGGACAGAGACAGGGAGGGCAAAGGAGUACAUUGAUAGAUGAAUCUGUGCAGGGUGAACCUCUGCGGAGCCCAAUGAAAGUGUAUGGGGCACCUGGUCAUGGAGGGCAGGGUGCUGCGCAAUGUUGGUUUCAAAUGAAAUAGAAAAGCACAUGGGGAACAGGGAACAUGACUCAGCUGCUCCUCCUGUCCCCAUCUUCCUGCCUUAUCCACUUAUAGGUGAAACUCGAAAAAUUAGAAUAUCUUGGAAAGGUUCAUUUAUUUCAGUAAUUCAACUUAAAAGGUGAAACUAAUAUAUGAGAUAGACUCAUGACACGCAUCAUGAUCAUCACAAUUAUAACAAAUAAAGGCUUGACAUAUCUCGCUUUGCAUGUCAUGAAUCUAUCUCGUAUAUUAGUUUCACCUUUUAAGUUAAAUUACUGAAAUAAAUGAACUUUUCCACGAUAGUCUAAUUUUUUGAGUUUCACCUGUGGGUUGUCCAUUUUGUUGUUUCUUCAGCUUGUAAACUGCCUUGUGUAUAGCAAUAUAGAAAGGCAGUAUACAAAGUGAAAUGAAAUGGAACGUUUUGUCCCAUUCAGAAACAGCCCUGAGGAGGUGAGAGAGAAGAAACAGGAGUGGGAAGUUGGCAAAACCUUCCUUGCCGUUUGCUACAGCCACUUUGAUACCCAGCCUCUUUGCUCUUGUUUCUCUGCCUUUCCACUUCUUUCUUCCUCCUCCACAAUCAUUGUGGGAUUGCUUGUUUUGUUUUUUGUCUCAGUUAAGUGGUCUUCUCUAAAACCCUUUCUCAAGACUGCUUCACAUGCUGCUUUUUCCAACUCGGGAAUGAGUCCCUAUGUUGGAACAAAGUUACACCUCAAGCAACCCUGAUGCUCUUUCCCCUACUGUUUUCUGCUUUUGUUCCCACAACAUGUUACCAUCACAUCUUGUCCCCAGAUCUCUCUUUGAGCGCUUUCUUUUUCCAGUGACCUUUUUGUUUUCCUUUUAAUCUUGCCCUCAACCGGAUGGGUGCCAAUUUUCGAAUGCUCAGAGGAAAUGAGGCUUCACCUAGCAACAAAACAAAAGACUUUCCUCCUUCUCAUUCAGUUAUGAUGUAGCUCAGGUGACCCAAUAUUGCAGGGCCAUUUCCUAGGCAGCCAGAGUUUGUGUUCCUCUUUUGCAGAAAACGAGUGAUGCUGUGCUUCAUUUCCUUUUCACUGCAACGUCUUGUUUUUUCUUUCUGUGCCCAGUAUAUGUACGUAAAGGGUUUGACUGGCUUCUUUCUUUGGACACAGCCUGCCCAGUAUCAGGCAAGGCACGGAGUUCAUAACUGUGAGAAAUAAGCCUCCCUUUCGCUCCCCAGGAACAACAGAAGUAGGGAUUGAACUAAGUGCCAUGCAUUUUGUGUUGACUGGAUGGUGUAGCGAGCCAGUGUGGUGUAGUGGUUAAGAGCGGUAGUCUUGUAAUCUGGGGAACUGGGUUCGCGUCUCCGCUCCUCCACAUGCAGCUGCUGGGUGACCUUGGGCUAGUCACACUUCUCUGAAUCUCUCAGCCCCACUCACCUCACAGAGUGUUUGUUGUGGGGGAGGAAGGGAAAGGAGAAUGUGAGCCGCUUUGAGACUCCUUAAAGGGAGUGAAAGGCGGGAUAUCAAAUCCAAACUCUUCUUCCUCUUCUUCUUCUUCUUCUUCUUCUUAAUAUUCAUAGGCUUAAUGCAAUCCGGGGAGGGCUGUAGUUCAAUGGGGUGAGCCUCUGUUUUGCAUGCAGAAGGUCCCAGGUUCAGUCUGCACCAUCUCGAGGCAGGGCUGGGAGAAGGCUGCCUGUCUGAAAUCCUAGAGAGCCACUACUGGUAAGUGCAGACAUUUCUGAGCUAGGUGCACCAAUGAGCCAACCUGGUACAGUGGUACCUCGGGUUAAGUAUUUAAUUCGUUCCGGAGGUCCGUUUUUAACCUGAAACUGUUCUUAACCUGAAGCACCACUUUAGCUAAUGGGGCCUCCUGCUGCUGCCACGCAAUUUCUGUUCUCAUCCUGAAGCAAAGUUCUUAACCCAAGGUACUAUUUCUGGGUUAGCGGAGUCUGUAAUCUGAAGCGUCUGUAACCUGAAGCGUCUGUAACCCGAGGUACAACCUUGGUUAUCGAACGCCUUGGUACUUGGACGCGAGUUUUCCAGUUUGCGAACGUUUUUCAGAAGCUGAAUGUCCGACGUGGCUUCCGUGGCUUCCUAUUGAGUGCAGGAACCUCCUGCAGCCACUCGGAAGCCGUGCCUUGGUUUUCGAACCCUUCCAGGAGUCAAGCGGAUUCCCAGAACAGAUUAAGUUUGACAAGCAACGUACCAGUGUAUAAAGCAGAACCCUUUGUGGCUCCCUGUGUACAGACACACACAAACAGACAGACAGACAAAGAGUUAGUGAAAGUAAUAAGGCAAGGGACUUUCCUUAUUAAAGCCCCCUUCCAUAGUCCUAAUGACCCUUGUUCUUCGUUGAUUCAUACCUCUCAACUGUGUACGUGGGAGAAAAGCCUACUACAUGAGGGGUAAUGGAAGACAAAAAUCCCUUGAAAUGAAGGGCAUCAGGGUGUUUGUUUUUUUACAUAGAAAGCAAAAUGAAACAGUACUGGGUGAAGAUUUGAAGGUCUGGUUAACCCCAUCAACAGAGCUCAGCUCUCCUACAACAGCUCAAAAACAGAUCAUUUUCAGAGAUUGAAAUAAUGACCUUAAGUAAUAUCCAGUGAGGGUAAAAAAAAAAAUGCUAAUGGUGUUAGGCAUAGAGAUAUAUGUCUAUUUCUUUUUAGUAUUAUCCUAAUCCUAAUUCUUUUUAGUAUUAUCCUGGUGUCAAAAAGAAAGUAAUUGUCAGACAAGCCUCUCUAGGAAGAGUAGUCCAAGACUCCCUGCUCUGGAGUUGCCUCUUUCUAAUCGAGAGGCAUUGCCAGAAGAGUGGCUCUGCAGAAAUUGUAAGCAGGGUGUGUGCAUUCCACUACUAAGGAUGGGUGAACUCUAGCUCAUGCUCCAGCUCCUCAAAAUUUAGGAGAGGUAAACCGUGAUGUAAUGCUAGUCAAAAAUUGGGGGUGGGAGGUGCACUGCAUCCCUGAGGAUGGAUCCCGAUUCGCAAGCCCAGCUCCUAACUUUCAAGGAAGCCUGUAUCACACCUGCACUGGGCCAGAUGCACCACCCAGCUACACAAAUAUCAUUCUUCCACUCCAUUCCUUGUGCACUGCAGAAACAGCCAUGGCAUUAUUGACCUCUGCAUGAAUGUUGAAACCCUGGCCUUAGAUGACCCUUUGGAUCCCUUCCAACGCUAGCAUUCUGUGAGUUGCCCUAUUAUAAAGCCUGUGGGGCUGCUGUGAAUUGCUGCCUUACGGCAUUAGGCAGCUGCCUGGGCUGGACAGCUGCCAGCUGACUUAUCUUUAAGUGACCCAGAAAGAGGAGGCUUGAAUACCAAGCCGGAUCCCGUCAGCUCCGAUCAACCUGAAUUCACAGGCCUGGUGUUGAAACAGGAAACAUGCUAAGCCGCUCUCAGGCAUGUCAAGUUGGAAAGGUGGGCAGACCCUGUGGCAAAGGAGGCUUUAGGAAACGCCCAAGUUCACAUUUCUCAUUUUCUGUAUCCUGCAUUGCUUGCUAGCUAAAGCUGUACAGAGGUCAAAAACACGAGCUCCAGGCCGGCUGUAGCUGGCUGCAAGUUCUGCAACUUCAGCGUUCUCAAAUGUUUCAACAGCAGCCACUCGCCUUGGAAGAUAGCAUGGAGAGAGAGAACGAGCUGCUUGAGAGCAGCAUUAACGUUUAUGUGACUCAAACUUAAGCAUACAGAUAGAUAUAGAUAUGAAACAGGCGUUUAAAAAUGACGCAAGUGUCAUCUGUUUUGGAUUUUGAACUCGUCCUUUUAGCAACAGCUCAGGACAGGUUGCAGGGUUCAGAAUCGGUGGCUAAGAUCAUCAAACAUGGGUGCUCAAGGGCAGGAGGGGUCUUGUGGCAGCAGGGUGUGUGUGUUAAUAAUAAUAAUAAUAAUAAUAAUAAUGUAAUAAAUUUUAUUAUUUAUAAGCUUCUCAUCAGACUGGGUUGCCCUAGCAACUCUCAGCAGCUCCCAACAAAAUAUUUUUAAAAACAAUAAAACAUCAACAUCCCUUCAGAUGUCUUCUAAAAGUCAUAUACCGUAUUUUUCGCUCUAUAAGACGCAGCAGACCACAAGACGCACCUAGUUUUUGGAGGAGGAAAACAAGAAAAAGAAUAUUCUGAAUCUCAGAAGCCAGAACAGCAAGAGGGAUCGCUGCGCAGUGAAAGCAGCAAUCCCUCUUGCUGUUCUGGCUUCUGGGAUAGCUGCGCAGCCUGCAUUUGCUCCAUAAGACGCACACACAUUUCCCCUUACUUUUUAGGAGGGGGAAAAGUGAGUCUUAUAGAGCAAAAAAUACGGUACUUGUUUACCUGUUUGACAUCUGAUAGGAGGGCGUUCCACAGGGCAGGCACUCAUACUGAGACAGCCCUCUGUCUGGUUCCCUGUAACUUUACUUCACGCCAGCUCCCUUGACCUGAAGCGAGAUGAGAGCCGCACCCCAGAGUUGCCUUUGACUGGACUUAACCGUCCGGGGUUCUUUAACUUUUUUUAACCUUGCUACUUCUCGCAGUGAGGGAAAUACCAGAAGGCCCUUGGAGCUGGACCUCAACGUAUUUCUUUGUGUGUGUGUGAAAUACUGCAUUCAUCAACCUUUGCAAUCACCGUUACUGACUGAAGAAUGAAAAACCCCUUAUUCUUCUGCAACUAGAUAUUAUUAUUCUUGAAAAUAAAUAAAAAAUAUACACCCAUGGGUUCUCAAACAGGACUCUUGACACCUAGGUUUCCCUGAAGGCUUGAAUAAAGAGAAAGAGCCGUAAGGUUUCAUUUUAUUCUGCUCUUAGGAGCUACAGACUGUGGGCCACUGAAACCGGGGAGGGGGCACACCUGGAAUCCCACCAGGCAGGUUGGAGAAUGGAAGGGCAAGGAGGAGCUGCCAGGCCAGCAGCCUUUGCAAUCGGUCCCUGACGUAUAAAACCUGCUGAGAAAGGCCCCCUGCCACCCACUGCUGCAGCCUGACGCCCUUUAAGGCAGCUUCCCACGUUCUUAUGAUUAGCAAAGAUCCGCAGUUUCUGUGUCUUCAGAGGAAGUUGGUGCAACCUCACUUUCUGUUUCAGGCUGGAAGUGGCGCCGCCGUUGCUGCUGCCGGGAGAAUCCCUAACCGAAGGCCGGCCCGUCACAACCCGAGCCUGACGCCAGACGAGCUCCCGGAAAAGGAAAUGAGAAGGAUCGCUCGGAUAUUUUCAGCCCAGUUCUCCAAAAAGCAGUAGUGGAACGAGGGGGGCAGGGAGGCCCGUCAGUGACGGCUGAAAGGCUGCGAAGCUCCUGAGAAAGGUGGUUGCUUGGGCUUGCUGUAAACUUCUGGCUUGUUUGGGCUGCCGUAGCAAGCACACAUCUCAAGGAGCCCCGGGAGAAAUAUGAUUUCUGAAUCCGUAUGGGAGUUCUGAGCCUGGUGUGAAAGCGGGAGACCCAUCUGUUGCUGUAUACCAGAGAUUCAGCCUGCCCUCUUCCUGAGCCUCAUACGAGGUCUGUCCAUUCCUCCUAGAAGGACAUGUGGCAUUAGUCAAAUAAGCCAAGGAAUUAGGUUACAGGCAAUGGCAGAUCCCUGCCUACCCUCUGGAUCCGAGCUCUGCCAGGAGCUAAAGUUCCAUUCUCACUCCUUCCCGCGUUCAGCUCCUUCUCCUAGCCUGUGUUCUUACCCCAGGAGCUGUUGCAGCAGUGCUGCUCCUUCCCCCACUAUACCAAGUAAUGUGAGAGGCCCUGCACCAUUCUGGAGAUUUGCCCUGGGUGUCCUUCCUAUCAUUGCGCCGGGUGCCCAGUUUCCCAGAGGGCAGUGCUGGUGUGGGGAAGGAGCUACGGUAAGGUCUGGGGCUGGUCAGACUUUCACCCUGUGCCACUCUUCUGGCCUGGGAUUCAUGUGGCAUCUCACCUUCUUGGAGACCGUGAAGUUUGCUUCAUUGUUUUCCAAACGUUCAAACAGGACAGAAUCGCCUUUCCGAGCAGAAGCAGACAGCGCCUGAGAGUCUGGCGUGAGCGAUGAAAGUUGCCGCGUUGCGUUUCUUAUCCUCGCAGUCCUUUAGAACUCAGCCCGGGGUUACGGGUCUCAUGUAUAUCCAGGUACACUUGACAACAUGCAAAAGGGCAGUGCAAAGGACCCUGGGCUCAGACGAAAACCUUCCUGUAGCUGCUCUUUCCUGCUGAGUUUCGUGAACGUGGGAGACUUGCCCAGCAUAGACCCUCCGUUUGCAAACUUGGCUAAAUGCACACCAAGUAGGUUGUGCACGUUGUCUACCAGGAUCAGAACUGUUUAUAUGCAAAUAAAAUUGUUGCACCUUUUUGUUAAAAUACAGGCAAUAUUGUGGAUAUAAAUAUCUUCACAUAUUUACAUAUAUAUAUAUUUUAAGUCAGUUUUUUAAAAAGCACACUGGGCCUUGAAAAGUAUCUGCCCUAAAGGGAAAUCAUGCUAAUUUAUUUGUAAAGAGAUUUUUUAAAGACUUGCGAGUCUCUCUGUCUUUUUUUACAAUAAAACGGCAUUUAUAUUUUUGUGA